GUGACCAACCUUGUUCCUUUAUUUAGCUGGACACCCUCACUGACAUAGCAGCAGAGACAAAGAAGGAGGUGAGACAACAUGCACACACAUGCAUGCACAGAUACACACACACACACACACACACACAGACAGACAGACAGACAGACACGUUUACAGGUUUAUACUUUAAAAGCAAGGCCUUAUUUACGGAUUACAUAGUUCACACAUCCAUACUUUUCUAUAUCUAGUCUUAGAAUAACCAGAGUAAAGUUUGAACCUACCAUUUUAAAGGACACUUUAAGGAUCAUUACCACUAGAUCCUGCUGUAAUUCUUAUGGUGCCAAGAGUUUCCUGGCUACUUGACUCCUGCCUGGAUAUCUUUGGUGCCUCUAGAUCAGCCUUCUUUUCAGUUACAUCUAAAGUGGAAUUUCCUCUUCCAAAUUAGAUAUAUCAAUGUCUUCCCCAUUUGAAAAGAAUCUACUGGCACUCUCAGCCAAUUAAUUCUUUCUAGAGUUGGGCAGAAUUGAUGCCACCCAUGUGGAAGUAGGGACCUUCACAUCAGUAAUUUCUGAAGAAGAUGCUGUGCUGGUGAUAUCUGGGGUAGCCAGAUAAGUGUUAAACUGUUAGAUCAAAAUGGGACAGGAAAUUCCUUACACUUUUUUUUCAAAGUAUUCCUAGAUAUAGUUCAUCAUAUGCAGGAUUAUUCACUUAACAGGUAAUUGUUGGGAACGUAAGAGAGCACUUCUAAUUUGAGGCAUAAAUAUUUAUAUUUCAAAUAUUCUCAGCUAAUUAUUUCAGAUUGUUAUUUUGGCCUUUUAUUUUAACCCACUUGGUAUAUUCAAUGUUUAGCUCAUGCCUUGAUAUGGUUUUAAACCAAGGUAAUUAUAGCCCUUUCUCCUAUCCAAGUUGUUCACUAAACCGGUAAUUAUUGGCAACUAAUCAAAAAAUAAGAAACUUUCGGCCAACAGAACAGAAAAAUGGUUAAUAACUAAGACCUCAAUCUAAAAAAAUAGGCUUUUCAAAUGAUCACAAAGUGUUAGAAAAACUUUCAAAUGAUUAGUCUAUAGAAGUCAUCAUUGAAUAGGAAUGUUUUGUAGGUAAAUCAUUUAAAAAUAUAUAUUUUUUAACAGAUUAAGAUUUUUUUUUGUUUAAAUAUAAGUUUUAUUGAUUUAUUUCAAUGUAGAACAAAAUUGUGCAGUAAUUUUUUGGAAGUUUUAUAUAACCUCUAUGAUUACAUAUGUAUAAUUUAUCAUAUAUUAUUAUGAUUCAAUGCCGCUGAUUGAUUGCUUCAUUUCUACUUUCAUACCUAACAUAAGCUACAUACAUUCUAACAAAAAGAGUAAGCAUACAAGAAAAAUGCAAAAAUAAAUAAACAGAUUAAGAUAGUUUGAAAAGCUUAUUAAAACAUAUUAAAUUGAGGCCCUGGUUUUUUAUAUAUUUUUUUUAUUUAACUAUUUUGAUCAAAAUUCCCAGAUUAGUAAAUGGCCUGGUAUGAGUCUAUAUCUCAUAUACUGUUGUUAUUUUUCAGUUAAAUUGGAAAUUGUUGAGAAAUAGCAAGGAUACAGUGUUUGUAUACCAUUUUUUGUCAGAUUGAAGAAUAUCUGUAACUCUGCUAUUUUCCAAGCUUGUUAUUUUAUUUUUAUGUACAAAAUUUCUGUUUCCCAUAGGGAAAGCAUUGGAUUGGCUAAAAUUGGCACGGGCGGGGCCAAAUGCCAUUUUUGCCAAUCAGGACCUCCUCAUAGAAAUGCAUUGAAUUAAUGCAGCGUCUCCAUGCAGAGCAUGGGGACGCUGAAUGGCAGGGCUGCUUACUGUGUAGCCAGGAAGCCCCUCCAGUGGCCAUCUGAGGAGUGGCCACUUGGAAGUGUCUCUGAAAAGGCAGUGUUUGCAUAAAAAUGCCUGAAGGCAAUGAUUAUACUCACCAGAACAAAUACAUUAAGCUGUAGUUGUUCUGGUGACUAUAGUGUUGGAAAAAAAGAAAGGAAUACUGUUGAAUCAGGGGGAGACUCGAGGGUAAAGACAAUAUAGCACUCACGAGUCUACCCCCUGAAUUUAGGAGGGCAACCCUUAAGUCAGGUAGUAAUAAAACAUAACUUUUAAUGUGUUAACCUAAAAUCCCAAAGUAUAUGGGAAAGUCCAAUUAUUAAAUCCUAAUAGUGCUAGCCUACGUUAAUACACAAGCUUAAUCCUAAAUGUUUCUGUGAGCAAAAAAUAGGUAGGGUGGAGGGGGGAGGGGAGAGAGAAAAGGGAAACCAAAAAGGGGUAAGGAAAAACCUGUAGAUAGUAACUAAUGAGUUAACUAUGGAGGAGGUGGAUAGGAGCAAAGGAAAGACUAAUAUCUAGUCCAAAGGAGGAUAAGCCCAAAUGUGCCUUCGAGGGCACCCCUUAUAAAAAUCUAAACCUUAAGCACCCUCCCACAUAUCCUGAGUAAACUUGUAUGAAAAGCAAAACCCUAAUCCCACAACCUCCAGCAACACAAUAAAAAGAGUGCAGAUGAACAAUCAAAUAAAUUGAUCUAAUAAUAAAAUUCUAGCGUGGAGGCUUGUCUGUAUUUGUAAAGGCAACUGCAGUUUCAUCCCUUGUCUGAAUGCCUAACCAUCGCAACAGAAGUCCUGAUGUGCAUUUCGAAAAGUGCUGGCUCUUCCAGGUGUAUCCCAGUAUUCCUAUCCUUAUUUAUGGGGGUUACCCCACCCACCCCCACCACAUUUACGAGCAACCUCACACAUUCUCCCUGCUUGUAUAUAUUAUAAUUGGAAAAAAGAAACAUCCAAGCACACCAAAGGAACUGAAACAUUGUCUCCACUUCCUUGUUACAUAUAAAAAAGACUGCCUUUUAGAAGAAACCUCAGGUCUGCCUUGAUAAAAAAAAAUUCUUUUUGAAUUCUUCAGGGAUUGGCCCUCCCUUUCUGGAGCGCCCUGCAAGAGGUUUUCCCUCCUUUUUUAGAGUGUGCAUUUGACUAUUUAUUUUGCACACAACUUAAGUGUGAACUGUCAGAAAUGAAUUGUAAACUGAAGGAGAAUUAAAAUUAAAAGUCAGCUAUAUAUGUUUAUACUUUGGAUAUUUUUGAAAAUUUGAAAAUUAACUUUGCGUUCACUUUGCAUUCCUGAAAGUACACACCUCAGUGAAUGACCUUGUUUGAAUUGACUGUAUUCCCAAUAAUUGACACUUUACAGAAUAACCUCCAUAUUUGUCAAAUGUUUGCAAAAAAUGCUGAUUUAAGGCAUUUCCCCAAAUCAUCUAUAAUUACAACUUGUAAAUUUUAGCCUAAAUUCUGCAAUUCAGAUUUCAAUUCAAUGCAGUUAUUUGAAUAAUAACGAAACCUUUGGUUGACUUUUCAAAGUCAGCCUUAGUUCUACACCUAUAGUUAGAUUUCAUUUUGAAAUGUAAAAGCAAUCUAGACAGAUAUAUUUAAAUGUGUUUAUCAUACAAUACUAUUUCUGCAAGAUUAUAAAAUUGGGAUACAUUAGAAAAAAAUAUUUUUGUAAAUUAUAAAAAAUUAUAGAAUACUUGCAAAUCAUGUUAUGGAAAUAUACCCAACUUUGUGGACUCUUCAUCCUUGUUUUGAAUGUCUAAUUUCUGUAUUUUAUUUAAAUGUAGUAGGCUACGUAAAACAAUGUGCUAUACACACAAGAUUUACACAAAAUUUACUACAUAGAAUUAUCUGCUGUGAUUUGUGCUCUCAAUAACGAAACACAAUAAAAAGAUAAGCCACAGGGAGAGAUAUGAUAGAUAAUAAAAAAAUGAAUUACAAAUAUCUGCUGCUGAAUCAAAUAUACAGGUUCUAAUAGCUGAGCAUUGACACCCUAGGGCAGGGGUCAGUCACCUAUGGCACAGCACUCAAAGUUGCCAGAUCCAAACAGGGUGUGGCCUAUCAGGAAUCCUAGCGGGACUAUCUGCUAGUGCAAAUCGAGCAGUGAUUGCAGGUGGUGAUGGGCAAUCCUCAAUUUAUGUAUUGCAGCAUUUAUAGGAAGUGAUCUAUGAUCACUUCCUCCCCGCACUUGUUAGUGAGAAUCUGUAUUGGUAUAGAGCAGCCCGCAGCAGCUAUCGCAGCUCCUGCUUUUGAUCUGUACCUUGCCAGUCUGGUCCCCACUGCACCCCAGGAAGGCCAACCACACUGCUAGAUAUCAAAGAAAAACAAGUUACCUGUGCUCUCUCCUUAAUCUCUAUGUAUUUUUAAACAAAUGGAGGUUUUUAGUUACCUCCAAUGGCCAUGAGAGGGUAAGCCCACCUGCCAAUGUCAAGGCAGACUCCCCCCUCCCCCAGGUGAGUCCUAACUCUAACCAUUCACCUUGCUUCCUUGAGCCUCUGGCAAAGACAACUCUAAUGAGACAGAAUGGGGUAUUUUUUUUUUAUAUACACCCCUAUACAUUUAUUAACCCUUAAUCCCUAUCUCUUAAUAAGGAACACUGCUAGAUAUACAUAGAGCUGCACAGGUAGUCCCUACAACACCACUGACAAGCCACAUACACUCACACAACCCCACAAGCAGCCUCUCACAUGCAAUACCACAAGUAGCCCCACACAUACACAAACCAACAAACACACAAUGUGACAUAUCAUCUAGACACACAAUUCCACAAGCAGCCCACAUACACAGCCGGCAUUCCUAGGUAUCAUAUACAUUAGCACAAACUACUCAUGAACCUAUACAAUAUAACAGCCCACAUACACACAAAUACAAUGUAACAAAGCAAUCGCCCCACCUAUAAAUAACACAAGUACAAUACAGCAACAUAUGCACCUCAUUUUAAAAAAAAGUAGAACCAGCACACGAAGGGACUUCCAGAUCUUGUUUUGACACAGUUCUACUAAAAGGUUGCCUACCUCUGCCCUAGGGAGAAGUAGUCUGUAAAUUCCAAAAACAGUAGGGAAAAGCAACAAUGUAUUAAUUUCAGUGAACAAUAUUACAACAUAAAGGUCAAAAAGUAAUUCACUCAUGGGCUCAAGCACAGAGGUCACACAGGGCUGCAGUAUAACAACAUUAGAGAAACAGCAAAUGUAUAGAAAGUGCCUUUCAUCCUGUUAAUCUGAAAUCAAUACAUUGUUGCUUCUCACUACUAUUAUAUGUUUCUCUACUUUAUCUAGGUGAGAAUUUACAGGAUAAGGAUUGGCCCAACAAGGCCUUAAAGGAUCACUAUAGGGUCAGGAACACAAACAUGUAUUCCUGACCCUAUAGUGAAAACCCACCAUUUAGGUGACUUGCCCCCCCCAACCCCUCUUAGCCCUCUCAGAAUGGGUUAAAACUCACCUUAUUUUCAGCUCUCCACGGGUCUGCCGGAGCUGGCCCCGCCCCCUUGGUGACAUUAUCAAAAUUGCUGAUUUUUAACCAAACCAAUGCUUUCCCAUAGGGACCAAACACUAUUUUGGCCAAUCAGCAACUCCUCAUAGAGAUGCAUUGAAUCAAUGCAUCUCUAUGAGGAAAAUUCAGCGUCCCCAUGCAGAGCGUGGAGACGCUGAAUGGCAGGGCUGCUUACUGUGCAGCACUGAGCCAGGAAGCCACUUGGAGUGGCCACUUGGAGGUGUCCCUAGGGGCAAUGUAAACACUGCCUUUUCUCCGACAAGUCAGUGUUUACAUGAAAAUACCUGAAGUGAGCUAUUAUACUCACCAGAACAACUACAUUAAGCUGUAGUUGUUCUGGUGACUAUAGUGUCCUUUUAAUGUAAACUGAGGGAAUUCACAAUCAUAUGAGGUAUCACUGAUUUUUAGCCAGCACCUGCUGAUGUUUUUGAGUUUUGUGCUUCCUUUUAAUUUGUUAACUCUUUAGGGUUAAGCAAAAUUUAUGUUUUUAUUUUUGUUGCUGCUAUUUUGGUCAACACUUUUCAAGUUGGUAUUUAACAUACUGUUUAUUUAAAAGACCACUCAAUGCAGUGGCCCGGGUUCCGUGAUCUUGCCAUUUUAACACUUCAAAGUAAAAUAUUGCCAUUUUGCAGAAGCACCGAUUUUAUUUUGAAAGGUUAAACAAACCUUGGAUGUAUGACAGCAACUUGAGGGGCUUCAGCUGCAACGUCCGACUAAAACUCAGUCAUGUUGCAGCCCCCCACAGGAAAGCAUUGAUGCAAUGCUGCAUUAUAAUUAAUUUGUUGUUACACAUAGCUGGACCAAAAUUACUAGGGACAGGGACAUCUUCCUAAAGUGUGUCCGCUUUUUUUUCAUUUUACAAAACAUGUCAAUAGAAAUUGUCACUUUUAUAAAUUAACUUUGUUACACCGCAUGUCUGACAACAAGUUCUGUUACUUCCUGAUUUGUUUAGCUCAGUAAAGCUAAGCUAAAGAGGCAACAAUUGCUCAGAGCACCUGCCUUGCAAAGACUUCUCACUGAAAGGCAUUGUGAUUGGACAGCUGCAGAAAAUCUAGGCAGUGUUAGAAUAGGAGGGCUUGCAAAGACUUCAGUUUGGAUGUGUAGCAUUUUCUUUCUAUUUGCCUCAAUUAAAAAAAAAAUGCAUAAUUAAAUUCAUACAUGGUUUCAAUGGGGUAAGUCUACAUAACAGCGAUUUAUAUUUGUUAAUUUUUAUAUUUGUAUUUUUUGUAUUUGGGCAGUGAGUGUUCCUUUAAUUAAGAAAAGUAAAAAAAAAAAAUACACUAUCUUCACAUUGCAGGGUUUUUACAAUAAUGAGCCAUUUGAAGACUUGAGAUCAGCUAAGAUUUGGCCUGCUCCACUUUACAGGUGACACCAUGCCAGCUUCUCAAGAGGAAUACUGAAAGUAGGGAAAUAUAAUAAGGAGAAAUUAGAACUAGUUCACAGCGCAAGAGGGAUUUUGGCAUGCGAUUGGAAACCGAUGUUCUUUUUUUAAAACUAGAAUUAAACCAUUCAGUGUCAAGUAGCCACUUUAUAGUUUUUCCCUUUUUAUAUGUAGACAAUGAGUGCCCCACGUUCGCAUGCAUUUUGUCUACUGUAACACAUUUUGUCUACUGUAACACAUUUUGUCACAUGCAUUUUGUCACAUGCAUUUUGUCUACUGUAACACUCUUCCUUGCUCAUUGUAAGUAAAUAUCUCAAAAAGAUGCAACACAAUGCAGUUUAGGAAAAGUUUAAACACAAAGUGUUAUCUGUUUUCUUAUCUCUUCCAGGCUCUGAGGAACACAGUUCCAUCAUUAAACAACAGAGACCACGUGGAAGAGAAGAGAUACCAACAGGGAGUGCAUUGUCAUUUGGCAGUCCUAGUGCUGCCUUACAGUAAGAGGCACAGUGAAAUAUCCAGCGUUAAUUCAGGUUCACCACUGGAUACUUCCCCUGUGCUGUGCAUUUUAAUUCCAUUUGGCAGAGAGGACUUUGUGUGUUCAGCAACCAGUCCUUCCAGCCCUCGGGACACAUUAGUCACACAAGUGCCAAAGAGUGCAGCUAUUACUAUAGGUUUAGUAUAAGAUCUGCAGAGCACCAUUGCAGGGACAUUCCUCCAGUAUGAGCUGCCUGGGAUACAUUGUUGCUGCCAGGCUCACCUGUGCUCUGCUGGUAGCCGUGUGGCUUCAGCCUCGUGCAGUUGACUGCCAGGAUAUCGAGAACGCAGAAAGAUUCUUCACUGAGGCUGUGCUGGAGCAAUAUGGACUCAAUGGGAAUAUAAGUUUGGCCAAUGUGACCGACAUAAUGGAUGUCUGUGAGAAACGUGGGGAGAAUUGGGGAGCUUCUGCCCUUAACCAGGUAAGCAGACAAAAUGCAGGUUAUUUUUGCGACCUGUGCUAUCUCUUGGGGCUGGGCAUGGGGCAUGCCAGUAAAAGCUAGUAAGUGCUUUUUCAGGGGUAGAAUGCUUAUGAUCAAUCUCGAGGAUACUGGGAAUUGUUGUCACCCAAUCCACUUAUGGGAAAGUUACCUGUUACAGUUCAUAGUUUCAGUUUAUACAAAUCAAAGAAGCCAUGUCUAAAAUAAUGAGCCAACAACUGAUCCAGACACUCAAAGUUUUAGAGAGAUUCAGAUUUAAUGAAGAUCAGUGUAACAGAGUGCCUGGAUCACUUUUUGGGUAACUACUUAUACAAUGCGGUUUGCCAGCCCCCAGCAAUGGCUCAGCUCCCUGGACUAGUAUUGAAGAAGCGUGUGUUUACCUCUUAUUCCCAUGCAAUGUCUAAAAUGAUGAGAAUUAAUGGUUAAAUGCACAUAGCUCGAAGCAAAAUAACUGUGUUAAUGACAGAGCCAGCACUAUCAUUAUCCAAAAUAUCUGGAUGUGUUUCCACUGAUAGAAAGUUUAACUGUUUCUGACCUGGAAUGGAUUCAUAACCCCUCUAUCAAGGGUUAUCCUUUCACCUUUUCACCUAUUUACUUCACUUCUCUCCCCAGCGUUUCUCUGAUUGGUUAGAAGAUCCUUUUUGGAACUCUUGUGUUCUCUGACAAUGUUUUGAAGAUGUGCCAAUAGAAUACCUCUCUAAUAAAGGAUACAGUAACAGCAAAUGUAUGAAUACAGCUAUAAAACUACUAUAGUGUAUUUACCACGAACUUGACCAUUUAAAUCCACAAGUAAAGUUAACUCUUUCACCACUAGGUACUUAACAAAUAGCUCAUUAUUAGAAAAAGAAAGCUCUUUAUUGAAAAAAAAAAUUCAUCCAAAAUUAAAUAUAUUUUAACCUGAAGCAGUUAAGCAAUGUUACCCUUUUUCAAUUUUUAUAAUUUUAUUAAUAGUACUAUUGGUGUAUUAUUAAUAUCAUUGUCACUUUAUAGAAACAUAGCAACAUAAAAUGUGAAGGCAGAUAAGAACCAUGCGGCCCAUCUAGUCUGCCCAAUUUUCUAAAUACUUUCAUUAAUUCCUGGCCUUAUCUUAUAGCUAGGACAGCCUUAUGCCAAUCCCACGCAUGCUUAAACUAUAACAAGAACAUCAAGAUAUUUAAAAGGACAUUUUAAUCAUCAUAACUACAGCCUGCUGCAGUGUUCAUGGUGUCAGAUUUAUUAAUUGACUGGUUAACAAAUAAUGUGAAAUGUUACACAAAACUAAUAUUACUUGUAGCAAAAUCAAAAGAGUCUGGAAGGACCAUGGGCGCCAUUUAAGUGUCAAGUCAUUCUAAAAAUGUUUGACAUCUUACCAUAUGAUCCAGGGGAAUCCUGGUACCAUUACCACUUUAUUCAUUUUGUCUCAGAUGAAUGUGGUUAGGCAGUGGUCUCCUGGUUUCCUGAUAUAUGUUAUAAUGCAUUCCUGAGUAUUAAACAGGAUCGUCUCUACACCUGAUAUAAAGCCAUUUUAUAGAUUUUUGGUAAUAUUUUGUAAAAUGGGUGUGCUGUAUUCCUCCUCUCCUCCUUGCUCGCGACGUCAUCGGCUGAAUGCUCAUGCGCGGCAGGAGCCGCUCGCAUUCAGCCGGUCGCAUAGGAAAGCAUUUACAAUGCUUUCCUAUGGACGCUGGCGUGCUCUCACUGUGAAAAUCACAGUGAGAAGCACGCAAGUGCCUCUAGCGGCUGUCAAUGAGACAGCCACUAGAGGCUCUGGAGGCUGGAUUAACCCACAGUGUAAACAUAGCAGUUUCUCUGAAACUGCUAUGUUUAUAAAAAAAAGGGUUAAUCCUAGAGGUACCUGGCACCCAGACCACUUCAUAAAGCUGAAGUGGUCUGGGUGCCUAGAGUGGUCCUUUAAGUAUAACAGAACCAGAUAAAUAACCACUGUAUUCAGCUUCAGCAAGUAAGUAUAACAGAAAAGUUAUAAAUAACCACUGUAUUCAGCUUCAGCAAGUACAGUGAUAAAGUUACAGGGCUAAAUGAUGGAUUCUUCAAAGUUUAGUUUUCAGAUGUGGACUAUGAACAGACUGAUUUGUUGUGUCUGUAUUUCAUAUGGAUUAGUCCAAUAUCCCACCUAUUCAAUGUACCUUCCAAGCGUCACUACGUAGGAGGUACAGUCCUAUUCUUUUAUUCCACUUUUCUAUCUUAAUGUCGCAUUUUCUAGUGGCUCCGUGUGUUUGAGCCAUAUUACAGACCUCCACAGCAAUAAAACUGACAGCAAUGUGUCUUUAGACUACAAUAAAUGGGCUUAGAAACCAAUUUGAGUAAGUAUUUUUCACCUAUAGUAACAAUACAUUUUUUCUGUGUUUUCAACACACAACUUGCAUUUGUUUCACAUCUGCAUCAUGAAAGUAAAAAACACAAACCAUAUGUAAAUAGUGGCGAAGCAGCUAGUUACACAUAGUUACAUUGUUACAUAGUUACAUAGCUGAAAAGAGACUUGCGUCCAUCAAGUUCAGCCUUCCUCACAUAUGUUUUUGCUGUUGAUCCAAAAGAACCCAGUCUGAAGCGCUUCCAAUUUUGCAACAAACUAGGAAAUAAUUCCUUGUUAACCCCAAAAUAGCAGUCAGAUGUCUCAGUGGAUCAAGCAGCUAUUACCCCUCUAAUUAGAAAUUAUAUACCUGUAUGUUAUAUUUUUGGAAGUAUUUAUCCAAUUGCAGUUUGAACAUCUGUAUGGACUGACAAAACCACCUCUUCAGGCAGAGAAUUACAAAUCCUUAUUGCUCUUACUGUAAAAAACAACAACUUUUCUUUGCCUUAGAGGAAAUCUCCUUUCUUCCAGCCUAAAUGUGUGACAUUGUGUUCCAUGUAUAGCCCUGUUUGUGAAUAGAUUUCCAGGUAAUGGUUUGUACUGGCUCCGAAUAUAUUUGUAUAGUUUUAUCAUAUCCCCUCUCAGGCGCUGUUUUUCCAAACUAAAGAGAUUUAAAUUUUUUAACCUUUCUACACACUCAAUAAUACUCUAUAGAUCAAGCCCCUACACCCCCACACACAGAGUGAAGAAAGAUCAGAGGUCAUACGACAGGACUCCCCUAGAUCUAUUAGGAUCCAAUGGGCAAUACUUUUUAUUUAACCCCUUAAGGACCGAGGACAGUUCAGGACCGUCAUCGGCAUUUUUGCCUUGCCGACCGAUGACGGUCCUGAACCGUCCAAACGGUCUGGGGCUACUUACCUGAUCGCCGUCGUUCCCCCGGCGGCGAUCAGUGUUCCUCCGGUUGUGGGGAGACUGCCUGCAGCCCAGACAGUCUCCCCACACUGAUUAGGACCCCUGUGGCCAUGUGAUCGCUUAACACAGCGAUCACAUGGUCACAAUAGGUGUCCAUAGUGCUGCCUGCAGGGGGACUGCCUGUGCUGACAGGCAGUCUCCCUGCAACUGUAAAAUCAAAAAAAAAAUAAAGUUAAUGGUAAUAAAAAAAAUAAUAAUAAUUAUAUAUGUAUAAAUAUGAUAUAUAGACAUAUAUUAUAUCUAUAUAAUAUAUGUCUAUAUAUCAUAUAUAUAAUGCCAUACUAAGUGUAUUUUUAUAUUAAUAUGUACUUAUAUUAAUAUAAAAAUACACUUAUAAUUAAAUUACACACGUAUAUAUAUAAUAUAUAUAAUAACUAUAUAUAUUGUAUAUAUAUAUUAUUAUAAAAUAUAAAUAAUAAGUAAUUUAAAUUAAAUCAUUUUUUUUUAAAUAAUAAUAAAAAUUUAAAAAAAAUUAUAUAGCUAUAUGAAAUUUUAUUCUAACUGUAUUUUAAAAUUAAUAUAUAUAUAUUUAUAUCAAAAUACACUUAGAAUGAAUUUGUAUAUAUAUCUAUGUAUAUAAAAAUAAAUAAAAAUAAUAAGAAAUAUACAUACGUCCAUAUACAAAAUUACAUAAAUAAUUAUAUAAAUAUACACGUAGACUUCAAAUAUAUAAAUAUGCAUAUAUAUUUAAAUUCUACGUGCGUAUUUAUGUAAUAUUUUUACAUAAUUCAGUAAUUUUAUUGAUUGCAAUUUGAGGGACCUGCCUGCCAACCCAGGCCGAAAUUCCAGAGAAUUUAAUUUGCUAGCACUGUAUUUUACCCUGUAACGUUCUACGACACCCUAAAACCUGUACAUGGGGGGUACUGUUUUACUCGGGAGACUUCGCUGAACACAAAUAUUAGUGAUUCAAAACAGUAAAACAUAUCACAGCGAUGAUAUUGUCAGUGAAAGUUACUUUUUUUGCAUUUUUCACACACAAACAGCACUUUUACUGAUGAUAUAAUUGUUGUGAUACGUUUUCCAGUUUUUAAACACUAAUAUUUGUGUUCAGCGAUGUCUCCCGAGUAAAACAGUACCCCCCAUGUACAGGUUUUAUAGCAUUUUUGAAAGUUACAAGGUCAAAUAUAUGGGUCAAAUAUUUUUACAUUGAAAAUGGCCAGGUUGGUUACGUUGCCUUUGAGAGCGUAUGGUAGCCCAGGAAUGAGAAUUACCCCCAUGAUGGCAUACCAUUUGCAAAAGAAGACAACCCAAGGUAUUGCAAAUGGGGUAUGUCCAGUCUUUUUUAGUAACCACUUGGUCACAAACACUGGCCAAAAUUAGCGUUCAAUUUAGUUUUUUUACUUUUUUCACACACAAACAAAUAUGAAUGCUUACUUUGGCCAGUGUUUUCGACUAAGUGGCUACUAAAAAAGACUGGACAUACCCCAUAUUGAAUACCCUGGGUUGUCUACUUUAAAAAAAAUAUGUACAUGUGGGGUGUUAUUCAGAGAUUUAUGACAGAUAAUAGUGUUACAAUGUCACUAUUGAUAAAUUUUUAAAAUGUAUGUUUUGAAACCGCAAUAUCCUACUUGUACCUAUAGCCCUAUAACAUGCAAAAAAAAGCAAAAAAGCACGUAAACACUAGGUAUUUUUAAACUCAGGACAAAAUUUUGAAUCUAUUUAGCAGUUUUUUUCAUUCGCUUUUGUAGAUGAGUAAAAGAUUUUUCAAGUAAAAGUCAAAAAACAUGUAUUUUUUUCAAUUUUUCAUCAGAUUUUUGUAUUUUUUUAAAAUUAAAAUACAUGAGAUUAUAUAAAUAAUGGUAUGUAAAGAAAGCCCAUUUUGUCCUGAAAAAAACAAUAUAUAAUUUGUAUGGGAACAGUAAAUGAGAAAGCGGAAAAUUACAGCCAAACACAAACACCACAAAAGUGUAAAAAUAUUCCUGGUCGCAAAUGUACAACAUCGCAAAAACAGUCCAGUCCUUAAGGGGUUAAAAAAAGAAAGUGUUAGAUACAUCCCUUAGUUUCAGUGACAUGGAAGAGAGCAGUUCAUUGUGAUAGUGGAAUUUAGCACCUGUGGGGGUUUCACUUUCAAGCUGUUGUUAGUAGCACUUUAAAUUUCCUUAAAGUUCUUUAUAACAACAACAACAUUCCUUGCUUUUCACUCAAGGCAGUAACCCUGCUGGCAUUCCUCAGAGUCAUUUCGCCCUAUGUAAUCCAUGUGCAAAACAUGCUUUUGUAAGAGUUUGAAGUCCUUCUGCACCUAUUUAUUGGAAAGGCUCUAACAUUAUAAUUUUAAGAGCAAGUCUACAAUACUUGCCUAACACUGUGCUACCAUGUAUAACUUUAACCCUUUCACUUCUUGGACUUUUUUGAUAGAAAAAUCAUUAGCAUAGCAUUUAUUAGUUAUGUUAACAAUUACCAAAUUUGUAUUUGUUACUUAUUUAAUUAGCAUUUAUUAAACAAUAUUUGGAAAAUACAGUGUCUUUUAUUUAGGGAUUUCACACAGGGAUUGAAAUGUAAGUAUAAAAUCAAAAGUGCAGUUCACGUCACAAAAAUAGAUAAACAAACAGGGUUAAAUAGAUUACCUACAGUUAUUUGCAUGGUGUUAGUUGCAGUACAGCUUACUAAAAAUGGCAUCAGAAUGCAAAAAUAAUGUCUGCAUUUGUGCAUAAUGCCCAUAUAUAGUAAAUACAGUUAAAAAAAUACAGUUGUAUUUCUAAAUAAAAGGUAUUUAAAACUGUUAUAGAAAUCUUUAUCAAUCUCUGGACUGCUAAUGCAUGCGAUGCUGACAGUGAAAUGGUAGAGUCUAUUCACUGCUCCCCCUCUUGACUGUAUGAUUGAUAUGACCCAUUGGAACUUCCUGUACAGAAAACAGGGGGCUACCUUACAUUUUAAGCAUAUGUACAGUUACAUGCAUUAUAUCAGUGACAAGUGGCUUUUGGCAGAGACAUACUGUCCUCUACAGGCUGGUUAUCACAACUAGAAUAUAAAUGAUACCUGGGCCUUCUUCUGUCAGCUGGGGACAUAAUUAAUGGUGACCAGUUAGCUGUAUGCAGUGCUUAAAAUGAGAGCUGCGUACAGUCCUUUAAUAUUACAAUGGCUGAACUUCUGGGUACAGCUACGGUCCAAAUGAUGUAAUUUCUGACAUCACUGGGGAUAUCCUCCAGCAAGGCGAGAUCCAUGGGGUCUUAGGAGAAUCUGAUUGGGUCUUCCGGCAAGCCCUUUGCAGCACUGCUAAAUUUCUUAUUUUGAACUUAAAUUAAUCUCUCUUCUGCCUAAUACAAGAUAGCAAAAGGAAAACAAUUAAAAUCAUAAAUUAUAGAGCAUAGUUCUCUCAUCUAUUUUUUAAAAUAUAUUUUAAUCCAUCAAUAAAAUAAUCUAAUCUUAGAAUUGCAUUGAAAAAACAUCUGAUAUUGUUUAGACAUUAGGCAUGACAAUUUUUGUAGCUAUUUUUGCAUGUCAGCACAGACAGUGGCGGAACAAAUGCAGAUAGGGCCCCGGUGCAAGUAAUUAUUUUGCACCCCCCCACGCCUACAUAUUCCACAGCAGUGUAUGCGUGUGUUUAUAGUGUUGGCAUUUGAAUGCAGUUGUUUGUCAAUAUGUACUGUUGCUACUUAAUAGCAAUGGUGUACGAAUGUGGUGUGUUUGAAUGCAGGGUGUGUUUGCAUGUAGCAUUUCCAUUUGAUAGUAGGAGUGUGUUUGUAUGCAGUUUUGAUGUUUGAAUGUUGGGAUGCAUGCACACAUACACAUAUGUGGUUACACACAGUGACACAGAAACAGACUAACACACAGAUACACACAUGUACUCACGCUGACAUACAUAGAUAGAAAAAUAUACCUGCACAGACACAUACACACACACACUGGCACAUACAGAUACAAACAUAUACCUACACAGGCACAUGCACACAAAAUAGCACAAAUACAAACAUAUACCUACUGUGACAAACUUACUUUCCUGUAUGUGUUUGUCCCGGAUCUUUUGGCAACCGCACAGCCCUCUAGGGUAAGAAAACCAGGUGAAGACAAAGUCCAGUUUCAAAAAGGCCUCUGGCCUGUUUAUUUUCUGUUGUUAUGAAGUAACAGGAUACAAUAAACAGCAAACCUUCUUUCUCCACAAAACACCUUCUUUCUCCUCAAAACACUUCCCUCCCUUCACACUACUUUAACUGCAGUUAUACAGCUGCUCACAGCCCCUACAGGUGAGGCUAAUGACCUCGUUAGGCAGUGAGCCAGAUCUCUAUGGAAAACCUGGGCUGGACUCAUGCACAACCACUCUGACAGUGGGUGGAGAAUCGGCCCACCCUGCUCUUCCGAAUACUCCACCCCAGGGACCCAAAUGACAACAGAGGAAAAAACCUACAUUUAAAUUUAACUUUCCCUGGGGCUGCAUGUGCUUACCCACAUGUCAGGAUAGUGGCUGUGCAAAAGUCUGGGUGCCAGAUAUACACCCCUGACCACCAUCCCCAACACUCUGUUACACUACAUACACACACACUGACACAGACACUGACAAACACACAGAUACACACUGACACACACAGAUACACAUACCUAAGCAUACACACUGGCAUACACAUAGAUACACACUGGCACACACAGAUACAUACAUAUAUAAACACAGAGGCACAUACAGAAAUACACACUGACACAUAGAGAUACACACAUAGAUACACACCAAAACACACAGAUAAACAUACCUAUACAUACACAUUGGCACAAACAUACCUAAACAUACACACUGGGAUGCAGUCCAGUCCGACCUGACUGUUUAGCAGUAAUACCCAUCGGAUGGCCCUUUGUUUAUGGAUUGCCCGAUGAGCCCCCAAAGCAUGUGGACCCUAAUGCAGUUGCACUGGCUGCACUGGCUGCACUGGCUGCACCAGCAGUAGUUCCACCAUUAAGCACAGACAUACUCCCAUAUUUUCCUGCUGUUCUGUCUUCCCGAAAGGCCUUCCUAAAUUUAUUUUGCAGUACCAAGAGUGGCUGAGCUUUCUCUGCUGAAGUGCUUGGGAGAACCAACAUUUUCACCUUGCACAAGUCUAUUUAGCAUUAGAUUAGGUUUAGUUUUAUGAUUAGGGAUGAGUUUAGGAUUUGGUCUAGGAUUAAUUAUAAAUAAAUGUAAUUGUUGAUGCAGAGUUUAGGUAAUGUAAUUACAGUGACACACAUGAGAUUCUUACUUGUAUUCAAGUCUGCAGCUGCUGCCUCUACCCCUGUCUGCCUCUGACCUGCCUGCUGUCUGCUGACAUCAUCAGAAGUAGUGGUCUGAGUCAAUCACAAUGCUUCCCCAUAGGAUUGGCUGAGACUGUCAACGAGGCAGAUUGGGGCAGAGCCAGCACAGGUCAAACACAGCCCCGGUGAAUCAGUAUCUCCUCAUAGAAAUGAAUUAAAUUGAUGCAUCUCUAUGAAGAAAGUUUGGUGUCUGCAUGCAGUGGGUAGAGACACAGAAUGGCAGGGCUGCACACUAGGCGGCACUGCUCCUAGAAGCACCUCUAGUAGCUAACUGAGGAGUGGCCAGUGGAGUUAUCACUAGGUUCUAAUGUAAACACUUAAUUUUCUCUUAACUUUGUGGAUGAUUCUUUUGACUUAGCCUUAUUUAUAGCAUGCAGUCAAAUGUGACACUCAACAAACCCCUAGCCAAUUCAGGUAUUUCAAGUGUUUCAGCUAAAGCACACUUGGUGCAACUAAUGAAUCUAAAAAAGACAGUGUUUACUGCAAAAAUCCUGAAGGGAAUGAUACUACUCACCAGAAAAAAUACAAUAAGCUGUAGUUUUUCUGGUAACUAUAAUGUCCAUUUAUUAUCUCAAAAUUUGAAAAAAACUAAAUGGUAAAAAAAAAAGUUCAAAAUAAGUCCCCAUGGUGUCCACAAUGGCAAAUACUAUGCAUUUAUGGAGUAAUUUAAAUGUGUGAGCUACUAAAAUAACCCCAAAUGCACCAUAGUCCCAUUUAAAAAAAAAAAACUGCAGUAUACAGGUUAUUCUCUGUAUGCUCACAAAAACUUGACUAUGUUAAUCUCUACGCUCACAAAAACUUGACACUGUACGCUCACAAAGCUACAGGCAGUUGCCUCUUUCCUUUAUGGGCACUAAUGGGGGAGAGAGUGGAGGCACUGCAGUCCCUGGUGUCUAGUGGUCAGGGAAGUAUGGACUUCUUCUUUCUUCUUUUUUAGUAUACUGCAGUUAACUGGCAGCAGGUUCAGACCUCUUAGUAGCUCACUGCAUUAUGGUCGGCUGCCCAAGGAGAUCACGUGGAGUUAUGAUGUCAUAUAGACUGGCCCACUCUCCUCUGGUUGGCGCAGCAACUCCAAGCUUUUUAUAAGCUCUGCCACAGCGCUACCUGCGCGCCUGAGAAAGAGAGAUAACAAAUGAGUAUUCUCCUUCUUGUGCAGUAAGCAACAUAAUCACAAUCUAAAAAAAUGUCCUAACCAUUUUAUGCUGUUAAUGCCUCUGAAGUUAGAAAUCAUAAUUAACUUAAAACUUUCUUUAACUUUAGUAACCAUGGAUCAUUUUACCGUUAUGAGACUGUUAUGCCUUCAUUGUGACAUAAAUGACAAACAAUGGCAAAUUUGCAGACUUUUUAAUUUCAUCACAGUUGAAAGUUAUCAACAGAUAAGUAGAAAACUGAGCACCAUAUGACUUUUGGUAGCUGCAGACGGCACUACAGAAACUGCCAACUACGCAAAUCGAUUUUAGAUGGCUACACAAUUUGACUAUUGUCCAUAAUUUUUAAAUACUCAUUUAUUUGCUUAGAAUAGCCUGUUAGCAGAGGUUAACAUGUUUCAGGGCUCAAAAUUUCUCCACGUGCAAUAGCCACUGGUGAGUAGACAUUCACCUAAUGAAUGUGCCAUGGACCCCUGGGCUUGGACUGGUGAACAAUGUUUAGGCCUGUCUAGUUGCGUAGGACUUGAAAUCCUAAGCUCUCACAUACAUAGUUAUAAAACAAUAGAUUGAGAUCAAGUCCAUUAUUUCUAAUGUGUUUGAAGAUUAUCCUUGGGCAGAGACAUUGAGUAACAAUUUUAGAAUUUAAAUAUUUGCAUAUCCAUAUUGUUUAUCUAACACAAAUCAUCAAUACUAUUAUCAGAUUUAAAUAAACCUCUGGGUGUUAGGUAUUACAAAAUCUAUUUAAAAAUAGCUUUCAAAUGCCAGAGCUGUCAUUGACUUACUAUUCAACUUCCUUGUGCUGUAUUGUAUUUGGAAGAUAAACAGGUAUUUCCCUUCCUCAUUGCUUCAUUCACCUGUAUGUGAUCUAUCAAAUAGUGCAUUUGCCAGGUAUUGUAAGGUAUAAAGAUUGCCCUAUUGUAUCAGCCUGACAGUUAUUAAAGUUCACUAUUUCUGUUAUCCCAUUAAGCAAAAAAUGUUUCUUGUAAAAAAAAAGAAAAUAAAUAAUAAAUUACCAUUUAAAUUAUACUCUAAUUUUAAAAAAAAGAUUUAGAUGGUUAGCAGAUGAAGUCACCGAUUUCUUUAAAUUUCAAUUACAUUGACAGACACAUUAUGUGCAAUAUUAUAUACAUAACACUACAUUACCAAAUUAUUUUCAAUCAUUUUACAAGGGGAGUGGGGGAAGCAAUCUCAGAUCACAGAAGCUCUGCAUUUGUAUGACCUGAACUAAUUUAGAUAGAAGCAGAUCCAACAUCAGAAAAUUUAGGGCCAACACAAAAGUUAAGAUACUUCACACCAGAUUCUAAUCAAACGUCCUGCUUUUUCUCCUUUGUGCGUUUUUUACUCUAUUCCGUAGUUAUGUGUUUUUGCUAUUUUGCCCCUUAUGAAACAGGUCCCUCUUAAUUUUUGCAUUUUUAAAAUGUGUUGUUAUUUCUAUUUCUGUUCUUUUCAUCCAUCCUGUCUUCUUUUUGACCACACUUACCUUUUCUGUCUUUUGGGGUUAUCUGGUCCUCUUAAACAUGUUUUUUUGUCCCACCUUUUCCUUUUUUAUAUUUCCCUACUCCCCUGACUGACAUUGACAUACAAACUAUCACCUAGUGCAGGGGUAGGCAACCUAUGGCACGUGUGCCAUGCAUGGCACUCGAGGUGUCUCUGCACGGCACUCAAGGCUGCUAGAGCCAAACAGGCUCUGGCCUAUCAGGGGUCCCAGUGAAACUUCAGAUAUCUGCUAAUACGAAAAGGUGGUGAAGGGCAAUCCUCAAUUUAUGCAUUGCAGCACGUAGAGGAAGUGAUGGCACCCACACUGCUAGAUAUACACAGAGCUGCAGAAUAACCCUCCCAUCAUACAAAUAAUAUGACCAGCCCACACACAAACACAACACACAAUCCGCAUAAACUCAACACAGCUGAAAAUCCACAUACAUGUACACAACCCCACAUACAGCCUCUCACAUGCAAUACCCCAAACAGCCCCACACAUAUACACAAUGUGACACAUCCAUCCACACACACCAUUCCACAAGCAGCCCCCAUACACAGCCCACAUUCAUAGGUAUCAUACAUGACAUCACAAACUACUUCUGAACAUAUAUAAUAAAACACCUCAUAUACCCACAAAUACAAAGCAGCUGCAGGAUAAAUAACACAAGCAGAAUACAGCAACAUGCACACCUCAAUUUAAAAAAAUAGGACCGGCAUGCUAUGGACAUCACAAUCUUAUUUCGGCACAGUGCUGCUAAAAGGUUGCCUACCCCUGACCUAGUGACACACAUCCUGUUACAUAUAAACACGCUAAAACACACAUACUACACACUAGUAGAUGGACACAAACGUUCAUGUACAUUAACACACUGACAAAUACACUCUGACAGAGGUGCAAAAGUUCACACCAAUACAUACAGACACACUUAUGCUCCCUCUCAACCAUCUUGGAUCUGGUGGGACCCGUAUUACAUGAUCUCAGUGUCCCAAUUCUCUGAUGCCCCACUUUUGUUCUAAUGACACCAGAAGAAAACGUACACACCUAAGGUAUGGAAGUCAGUUUUAGCAUAUACUAUACACUCAGAACUUCCUAACCGUCCUGGAUUGACUGGGACCCUAUCACACUACAAUUUUCUUCUUUGGUAUCCUACUUCUGGAAAAGCCACAGAAAUGCUCCAAAAAAUCUGGUGCUUUUUUAGUACUUUGAGGCUUUGCAGACUUUGGUAAAGUGAAGACUUAAAUGGACUACUGCAGCCCAAAACCUAAAUGUAUCACAGUAUCCGUUACACCCUUUUCAAGCCAUGCAUACCCAUGUCCACGAUUCCUCUUUUGGGCAAUACACACUUAGCUGCUGGCCCACCCAUGCUGUUUUGAGCAGCCUUGUGUUUUACAAUGAACUGCCCCACCCUUGGCCUGGCGGUUACUGCCUUCGCUAUCAUCAAGACAUGCCUAACAUGAUAAGAAAACAAUGCACUUAUCACUCUCCAAUUCUUUCCUCCCCAGCGUGUCUUACUGUCUCAGGCUCAUAGUGUUUGCCUCCAUCUUCCACCUUCGCCCCCACCAGUCUCUGUUAGAAAUUCUUAGGGUAUUUUUGCAGUGAUCCCAGUGGGAUGCAAAGUUCUGAAUAUACAGUGCUUCUUGUUUUAUUAAAUGUUAUUUUCGGGGCUUAGGUAUGCUGAGCUCUGUAUUAGGUAGGUAGUGUACAAGGAGGAAAUUUCCAACCAAACUUUAUCAAAAAUACUUAGGCCUAUUUACAUCCUUUAGUAAAUAGUUAGCAAUUUCCAUAUAGACUACCUUUUGAACUGUGUGAGGUUGUUUUACAUACUCUGCUUGUGAAUAACAUCUUGUUGCAAAUACCUCAUGUAGUUUUCUCAUGAUUGACAUAAAAUAGCAAACUCCUUGAAAAUUAUUGGAAAUUUUACUCACAUUUAUACUUUAUUCACGAGUUAUUUGGAUGAUCUAUCAAUGUUGCUGUCUUUGUUAAUGCUCACAAUUAUGGUGCAUGUCGACAGCCAAUUUAAUAAGUCCAUCAGAGAUAUACUCUGGAACAAAAAUAAUGGAGGUCUAUAGUUGCUAGAGUGGGAGCAUGAUUAAAAGAUAGGAAAAAUUAAAUGAAGCUGACCUGGAGUUGCUGGUAGAUGGAGUUUGCAAUCAUUUUGACAGACUUUUUGGAUGUUGGAUGACUGGGGUUGUGGGUUUGGAUGGACAGAUGGGGAUAAUGGAUGUGUAUGUAUGUAUGGGAUUAGUGGGUGUUGAAGGUUGCCUGGAAAUAAUUGUUGUAGGUAUAUUGCUAGGGCUAAUGGGUGUGUAUGGAUGGCUUUAAUUAAAUGUGUGCCAGGUGGUAGUGGGGGUGGAUAUAUGGCUAGGAGUAGUAGGUGUAAAUGGAUGGCUGUGGGUCAUGUUGAGGAACUGCAAGCUGUUGUAUAUACACCUCCUUUUUUUGAAGAUGUCAUUGGAUAAUAGCAAUAGUGACCAACAUAUACAAUGAAGCUGAUAUUUGUUACUUUUAAGGUCUUUGUUCAGUUGUAAUUCCUGUCUCCUGAGCUCUGAGAUAUGAGACUGAACUGGGAGUUUAUUCAAAUUAUGCAAAAAAUAUGCAUGACAGGAUACUUACUUUUUGAAACCGAAGCAUAACUUUUGCUUAUAAUCUACUGUAACAAUUUGAGCAAGAAAUCAUGUCAAACUGUUUCUAGAAUAAAAGCACAGAAAGGACAUACCUACAAUAUAUACAUACCAUUUUUGAGCAAUUUUUGCUCAAAUACAGAUUUUUGGUACAAGAUUUAAAUGGCUAAUUUUGAAAGUGUAAGUUUUUACUCUAAUUGCAACUAGGCACAAUAGUCAUAUUAAUCAGAAAUAUAACAAUCGGACGCAAAUUCAUACAUAGUAUCCACUGAGACCUGUGAAAAUGGUGGGCAGUUUGGUGUGACUGACCAUAUCUGACCGACCCCUUGCAUAUGCCAGUGAUAUGGGGGAUGUAUUUUGGCCUACUAGAACCAUUCUGAAAAAUAACAGUUACAAAUCACUUGAGGAAGAAAAGUGAAAUGUACUAAUGAAUGGAUAUUUACACAUAUUUUGACUUUGUUGUUUUUGUCAUUAGCAACUAAAUUCUACAGAAUUAGAGACAGAAAGCAUUGGAAUGCCAGGGUAAUACCUAUUUAAUCAGAUGUUUUGCUACAAGCGCCAGGUUUUAGCUUUGCAUAUUUUUCUUGAUAUUUUUUUUUUUUUUUUUUGAAGUCCUACAAUCUUCUACCAUCUAACUACCGUAUAUACUCGUGCAUAAGUCGAUCUCAUGUAUAAGUCGAGUGCAGUUUUGUGACCAACAAUUGUGAAAUACGCUAUGCCUCGUGGAUAAGUCGAGGGUAAAACUUGAAAGCUAUGAAAUUCUGUGAUUUUUAUAAUUAUAUACACACACACUCAUACAAACACACACUCUGCAUUAGAUAUACCCACACUCAUACAAACACAUACUCUGCAUUAUAUAUACACACACAUUCAUACAAACACACACUCUGCAUUAUAUACACACACUCUGUGUAUAUAAUGCAGAGUGUGUAUAUAAUGCAGAGUGUGUGUUUGUGUAGUGUGUGUAAACUGGGUGGGGGAGGGCAUUUUUAUUAUUUUUUUUUUUUUUAAAUAUUAUUAUUUUAAUUUUUUUUUGUCCCCCCUCCCUGCUUGUUAACUGGUCAUGGAGGGGGGCUAUCUUAAUCCCUGGUGGUCCAGUGGCAUGGGCUGUGAAGUGGGGGGGCCGGCAGGAAGCAUUUACUUACCUUUCCUGCAGCUCCUGUCAGCUCCCUUCUCCACCGUUCCGGUCAGCUCCACAGUAAGUCUCGCGGACUGGUUGCCACGCGGAUCGUUGCCACGGCUCUGACGGCCGCGGCUCUCUAAGUUGCCAUAAUACAGACAGUGACUCGAGUAUAAGUCGAGUGGUGGUUUUUAAGCACAAAAAAUGUGCUGAAAAACUAGACUUAUACUCGAGUAUAUACUGUAAACAAUUCAGCCAUCCUUCACAUUCCACCUAUAAUCCCGGUCUAUUUAAUAAUAAAGCUUAUAUUACUUGGAAUUUGUUUUAUUUUUCUGUUAAUUAGUAUGUUUACCAAGUUGUUGAUAUAAUUCUUACAACUUUGACUGUUACAAAAACACUAAAAUAAAAUUACAAAUACCCGAAAUUCCGGAAAAAAUGUAAUUCAGUAAACACUGAAAUUUUUUUCAAUUUGAAACAGAUUCUCCAAAUUUCAUCUAAAAUCGCUGAUUUGAAAUAAAUAAAUAAACAAACAAAUCUUCAGCUCAAGUUAUAGUAACAGCUUUCUUUUUUGCCUUCAUUUUCCAGUCAGGUUUUCAGUUCACUUGGUUAGUUAUUUAAUGACUGACUUAUAAGAGAGAUCAUGUUUUCCACUUGAUUACUGUUGUCUAGGUUUGCAGUGUAUUACCGCGCACUGUUUAGUGAAUCAUCCCCACAACAUGCUGCACUUAAGUCCAGUUAUCUGUUAGGUGAUGUCCCAGCAAAUCUGAUAGCAUUUAAAACUUGUUUACAGGACCAGACUGAUAAGGUAACAAAGUCCCACCCACUUAGCUAGUCUAAUUUGGAGAAUUUGUAAGGUUGCUUUUCUUUUGUAUCAUAAAAAAUACUCAGCAUUUUUCAAGUGCAUUGAAAACGAUACCAUUGGGGGCAGUUUAGAUAAUAAAUGUAAAUAUAUUAACAACAGUAUAUAGACUUGAGAGCCAACAACAUUUUCACUUCAUACAAACACAUUUGGACAAAACAAAUGUUUGUUUUGUCUAAAGUGAAUUUCGUCCAUUUGUUCAUUCGUUUUCAGACAAAAUUCAUCUACUAUUUUUGUAUAGGUUUUUCUCUGAAUCUGUACAUUUAUUAGCCAAAAUGCUAGCAUAAUACAUAUAUAGAAUCUCUUGCUUAAUCUAAUGAGAAUAAGUUGUUUGGGGCAUGGCAGGUCCCCUUUAAAUUUUAAAAUUUACUUUGAGUUUAGUAUAUAAACCUGCAGAUGUUUUUGAACUACAUUUCCUUCUAAACUCAGCCAUUCUUUAUAUAACUCCUAAACGUCAUAGAUAAAGUCAUUUGUAAACCUAUCAAGGAAUCACGUAGUUUUCAGUAAACCUAUGACAUACUAGUACGUGUUAAAAACAAAUGUCUACAUAUUGGAGAUGCAUAAAAAGUGAUUGUUGGGGGCGGAACCUGACCACUGAUCAAGGCAGAUGUAUGUUGCUAGAGAUCCUCAAUAAAAACCCAAAUAUAAGCCAAUCAUAAUGAAACCUUAACCAAUCUAAGCCUGUAACCCAGCUUUACAUGACGAGAAGUUGCAGCCCAUCGAGAGAUCCCUUUGGGUAUGCAAUAACUCCUGGUACUGAGAAGAUUUGUCUCUGAUGCACUGGUGUACAUACUGCGGUCACAGGGGUCAUGGCUGCAACCGGGCCUGGCCCACCAGGGGCCCGGCCGCCCUGCGACCCGGUAUGUAUGCCAGUGGGGCCAGCCUCUUCUCCUGGGAGGCCCAGCAGUUGGCCACCCUGUGGCCCUGUGAUCCCUCCAACCAGGUGCCCGCCGUCAUGUGUUGUGGUCCUGGCCCGUGCAGAGUAAGUGCCCGGGGGGGGCCCACGGAUCAAUUUUCGCACCAGGGCCCCAUGCGUCGUGUGUAUGCCACUGCUCUGUGUGGAGGAGGUGGCCAAUCCUCUGCUCACAUCUGCAUCUGUUUGACCCAGUGCAAUGUCUCCCCCCUCUGGGCUGGCAGGGGAUAUCCCGGUCCACACUGAAGUUCACCGUGCUACUUCAGCUGCACUUACCUUGCGCUCAGAUUGGCACUCCGGAGGCACCCUGAUGCCUAUUCUCAAGCAAGAUGGCGGAUGUACCCCAUGCUCAUGUACAGGGCCUAAUCCCAUCCCUGCAUCCCCACAGUGGAUCGAUGCACAGACAAGAUUUUCCAGGGCUUUUGGCUUAAACUACGUAAGCGCAUGAAAGCCUCGCUGCCUACACUGCAACCACAACAGAGACACACCGUACCGGAGAAGAGGAUACCCCCUCAAGAGACAUCUACUCACCCUGUUGCCUGCCCUCUCGGACCAAGAGCCUCACAAGGCACUGCCUCUAAGCUCCGACAACACAAGCAGCAGAUUGUCUGCCGACGGAGGUAUUCUCUACCCAGAUCUUCCUGCUACCCCCAGUUGGGGAAAGACUCUAGUUCCUGGGGGCUUCCAAGUCUGUGGACUGCAGCACCUGGCACUCAUACAGGCCUGGAGCUGCAGGGCCUCUGAUCUGGAGCUGUCAAGGAGACGUCCGAGAGCAUUUACCUAAUGGUACCCUAUUCUUUCUACUCAAAGGGAUAAGCUGACAGGGACUCAGAUGCCUCUGCCUGUGUAAUGUUAUUUUGGGUUAAUCUCUCAUGUUGCCAUAUGUAGCUUGAGUGGCUGUGUCUGGCUAUUUAAUUAUUAUUUUUUACUUUUUCCUCUCCUCUUUUAGCCUUUUCUUGUACAGUGCAGCAACCUAAUGUUGUCUAACACUUCAGUGGAAAUCUUAGGGCAAAUUCAGUUUCUGUAAUGUCAGUCUCAUUGGUUACUCAUUGCCUAUUUUACCUGCCGUUAACCAUGUCUCCUGCUGUUGGGGCAUUGCAAGGCUGUAUGUAUAUCUGUGCACAGCAAAAAUACAGAAUUAAAAAAAGUGAUUGAUGUGCUAAGUUCUAAAAUUGGAGCAAUUACUGUGAAAAUCAAUAGAAUUUUUAACCAUAAUCGUGUUAGGCAACCGUUGGCACUUCAGAAGUUGUGGACUACAUCUCCCCUAAAGUUUGCCAGGAUUUUGGCUGUAAGAACAUUACAGAAGAUGGUAAAUGUAUUUCUUUAGCCAAGUACAAAUCCCAUGAUUUGCAAACAAUUAUGGCUAAUGGAGCUGAUCAAUUUAUACAUCAUUUUCCUAUUCCUGAUUUAAAUGUAAGUUAAGGAACAUAAUAUUUGUAAAGGGGUUCCCUUGCUAUGUGUUUGGCAAAUAGCUUAUGUUUUAAUUGGAAAUUUUCUUUUCCGUGAGAUCAAAUAGUCUAAGAUGCAACAAAGUAUUUCCUUUUACCAAGCUGUGUCACAUCUGAAACUUGCAUUGUUUAAUUGUUAACGCAAUUUGGUUUCACAAUGCCUGCUUGUUUCAGGGAGAUAACCGUUCUGCAUAUUUUAAAUAUCGAGUCAUCUGCAAUACGUCAUCUAAGCAAACAGGUGGUAAAAGUUCAGAUGUAAGCAAACACAUGGCAAAAGUUCAGUGCACUCAUUUGUAAUGGUUUACAUUUAAAAUAAUUAAGCAAACAAAAGGAGAAAAAUAUUCCUUUGUUUUCUUUUAGGCUGAUUACUGAAACACAACACACAUCAUAUUAUUACUUUUCACUUAUUGUUUUGUUUUUUGAUGCGUUCCACAAAUCGGGCUCAGACUUCUGUAAGGGAUAAUAUAGUCUCCCAUACCACCUAAUCUCAAUGAAUUGGUCUGGGUGCAGGUCAAACAGCUGAUAUGACAGCCAAAAGAGGUGCCACUGAGGCACUGAGUAAAACUUGGCUACAUGAUUCAGAAGCCCCCAGAGCAAAGCAUUGAUUCAAUGCACAUUAAGUUCCCAUUGGAUUCCCAUCGCGGAUCAGUCAAUGCCUCCUCAGUGAUGUCGCAGAAGGUGGAGAGGAGAGCAGUACAAUGGGUGCUUUGGACCUGGAAAGAGGUAAGUACUGCAAGCAGGCGUGUGGACCUAUUUCCGACUAGGGACAGCAACACUUUAGCAUUAGAAGUACAGGUUUAUAUUCCCAAUACAACAGUGUUCCUUUAAAUUCCCUUCAUCCUUCUAUCAAUCUCUGAUCCAUUCAGAGGUAAUGCUAUAUAUUGCAACAUCCUGGGUGUUGGGCAAAAGUAACAUCCCCAAGAUGUACUUGGAAACCAAACUAAUCUGAAUGUACCUUCCCUGGUUAAAUACUUUGUUGUUGUUAUUAAUUAUUAAACAUUAGCAGGAAUAUUCACUAGACUAGAGGGUAAAUUAUUUGAACAGUGAAUUAAACUUUUAAAUUUUAGUAUAACUAGAAAAAUUAUCUUAGCUAUAUUUCCAGUUUGAUUAUUUUGGACUAAAACUUGAAAUUGACUUGUUGUUCUAGCACUUUCACACUUUAGUGAAGAAACUCUUAUGACGGACAAAUACUAUAUAUGUAAAACACACAACAAUACCUUUAAAACUGUGACAAAGCUCAUACCGAGAGUUGGGGUAGUGGGAUGCUUUAGUUAAGCUGUUCUGAUUUAAAUUGGUUUCCACUGUGUGUACAUUUUAAUUUAUUCCACCUGUUUGCUUACCCAGAGCCACCUUGAUAUUUGUAAUCUUAUUACUCCCCCUCCCCCUCGUCCUCCUUGACUUGGCAUUGGAAGUGUUUGGUUUGUUUGUUCCAUCAAAGAAUUCAAAAACAUAUUUAGUCGUUUGUCUUUGUAUGCAUAAAGUGUCACACAACAACAGUGACAACAACUGAAGGAAAAACCCUUCAUCCUUGUGGUUAUUGAAAUAAUUGCUCAAUACUCUUUAAAUAGAAAGAAAAGCAUUUAAUCCUAAUGGCCUAAUUUAGAUUGUAUGCUAUAUUUCUGUCUAUUUUACAUUAACAUUGUUCGCAAUCUUCUGUCAUAGCUUUGAUUCCAAAUACUAUGCUAAUUUUUGAAGCAAGUCAUAAGACUACUAAGGUAAAAAGAUGGCAGAAGCAUAUUCAGUAAUAAAAUAAAUAAACAAAUAAAUACAUUUAAAAAAAAAAUAUGCAUUUUAAUUUAGACUCAAUAGAAUAAUUUAACAUCCUUAGAGGAACACUCCAAGGUUAACAAUAAAUGUGUUUCUGUUUGACUUCCAGUUGUUCCUUAGAUUAUGAGCACACUGUUUUAAAAUAAUUAAAAUAAUAAUGAUUAAAAAACCUUUAUCUCACCUGUAAUCCUGUGCUGGGACAAUAUGUUUCUGGCAGCAACUCUAUCUCCUCUGAGAUCAUAAUAAUUGAAUAUCUAUCUCCAUGUCAGGAAAUCGACAAGACACUGCUCCCCCUCCUGGCUGAAUUAAGCGUGGUAAAGGAUCUUCUGUAUCCUCUAACCAGUCUCACAGGAAGCUGCUAGCUGGGAGCAAUGAACAGCUUCCUGUCAGACCGGGUAGAGGAAACAGAAGAUCCUUUAACACGCUCAGUUCAUCCAGGAGGGGGAGCGCUGUCUGACAUGGACAUAGAUAUUCAAGGCACAGAAUACGGGAGGAGGGAAAGACCAUAAAGGUAGGAGGGGCGGAGGGGCGGAAGGGCUAAGAGGCACACAGAAGAGCUGGAGGGCACAAAGGAACAAAGAGACACACAAAGGGGGUGAUACAGAGACUCACAAAGGGUCUGGAAGGGCAAAGAGACACAAAAAUGGUAUUGGGGAGAAUAAGACACAAAAAGGGGCUGGGGACGAGACACACAAAGGGUAUGAGGGAAGAAAGAGACCCACAAAGUUGGCAAAAAAAUUUUUGGGGUGGGGGGGGGUGCAAGCAGCUGGUCUUGCCUAGAACACAAAAUAGUCUUGCACCAGCCCUGUAGGGGCUUAAUGCUAGACAGUAAACUGCAGUAAUACAAUUUAAAUAGGCCAGGCCAAUGAGAGAGACAAAGAUUGAAAACCAGUAAACCUAGCAGUGAGACACAAAAUUAGGUCUGAGAAUAUCUGGAAACCAUAAUUGUGGUCUAAAACUAGCUGGAUCGGGAACACAGGAAUAUUGGAUACAAUAGUUGUAGACUAAGCUUAGACAGGUCAGGAACACAGGAACACUCGAUACUAUAGUCAUAGUCUAAGAGAAGCCGGGUUAGCAGCACAAGAACACAAUGCAAAGUACAAGACACACUUAGGUUCAAAGGAUAUCAAAGUCAAAAUACUAGGCAAUAAGUCAGGAAUGCAUUUAGGGCAAGCAUGUCAAGCUCAAAGUUUAGCAAGGGCCAAAUAAACAAUGUUUAAGUUUAUGUGGGCUGCAAAAAAAAAAAAGUACAGUAUAAAAAAAAAAAAAAACAGCAUCCCCGUCUACUAAACCACAGCACCCAAUAUAUAUUAAAUCCCAUACCCCCUCUACUAAAUCCUAGCACCCCCUCUAGCCAACAAGCAGACUCCACUCACAUUGCCGCAGCCAGUAUGCGACUCCGGAGGCCGGCCUCUGGUAUAUCCCAAAUUGUGCCGUCCACACCCUGUGCCAAAGCGGAUCCUCCCACUACUUCUUGACACCCUGUGAAGGUGGAGCACGUCGACGUCACGUUGGAAUGUGACGUGGUGUUGCGUGCCUCUGUGCCACUCAAGGUCCUCCACUGUCUAGCCGCGGCCAUCGCAACACUGACCGACACACACACACACUCACGGACAGACACACACACACUGACAGACACACUCACUGACAGUUACACAGACACUCACUGACACACACAGACAUAAACACACACACUCACUGAGAGACACACACUCACUGACAGACACAUACACAUUUACUGACAGACACACACACACACUCUGACACAGACACACUCACUGACAGACACACAGACACUCACUGACACACACACACAGACAGACACACACACACAUACUUACUGACAGACAGACACACCGACACUCACUGACACACACAAACACAGACAGACACACACAUACUUACUGACAGACACACUCAAUGACAGACAGACACACACACAGUCACUGACAGACAGACACACAUUUACUGACAGACACACACACACUGACUGACACACAGACACACACUCACAGACACACACACACACAGUGCCACACGGACAGACACACACACUCACUGACAGACAUACACAAACUCACUGACAGACACACACACACACACACACACACACACAUACACACACACACACACACACUCACUGACAGACAGGCACACACACACACUCACUGACUGACUGACAAACACACACACACUCACUGAAACACAGACAGACACACUCACUCACUCACUGACACACACACACACACUUACACAUUCUUGCACACACUCACAUUAUUGUAUUUAUCCCUGGGGUCAGGUGAGGAUCAUCUGUCUGGAGAUCUCCUUCCUACUUCUCACUGCUCCCUCGUGCGCAGUUUAGUGAUGCCAGUGAUACCAGGGGCCGGAAUAUGAUGUCAUAUCCCGGCGCCGGCAUCACUACAGACGGCACGCGCUAAGGAACAGUGAUGAGCAGGAACACUGAGCUCCCUCCCUGCAUCCAUCUUCCCCUCCUCCCCAGGCAGGUAAAUUAUAGCAGAGUAGGCAUCUGCAAUGUGGGGAAAGCAGGUGCCUACUCUGCUUGGAACACUAGGUAUGUAUUCGCGGCUCGCUGGGCCGCAAAGCUUACCAUUUGCGGGCCGCGAGUUUGACAUGCUUGAUUUAGGGUAUCUGAGACAAUGAAAGAGAAGUGAGGAAAAGCAGAAGUGGGUAAAAAUAGGCCAUGCCCCAUGCAUCACAUUUACAACAAUUGUAUGCAUGAAUAAUAUAAAAUUAGGAUGCCAACCUCAAAAUCCUAUGAAAAGCCAUUUAGGUCAUGUCUCACAUCAUUUAAAUUAAUUUAAAGUCAGAAUGACUUGACUGCGACCUUGUGAAAAUGAUGCUGUGUGGGUAAAUUUGAGAACCAUGGCGAGUUUGAAAUGACGCACCUGUGCUACUUUCAGUAGGUCUAUUAUUAUUUUGACCCAAGUGUUUUUUAGGACUAUGUAAUACUGAAACAAAAGUGUCAGAUUAAGGAAUAGGUCUUACAGUCCAAUGCAUUCAACUGCAUCAUGCUAUGUUAUGGUCUUGCAUGUGAAGACCUUUGAUUUUUUGAAGGUCUUAAGGAGUAAGUACUAGUAAUUGUCUGUCUUUCAGCAACUAGAGGACAGUUCUCGAAAAAUAAUUUAAACAUUGCAAUCUCUAAGAAACUGUCAUGCAUUAAAAUGACAGAGAAAAGGAACAGCAUCUAUGCAUUAUUCAUUAAAAUGUUGUGGUAUUGGUACGUUUUAAUAAGUCCAAAACAAUUUCUGAAAGUGACCUUGAAUUUGCAAGCAGGUUUAUUCACUGAAGUGAGAAUUCAAAGGGAAUUUGAACUGUAAGGUCAAAAAAGCCAAAUUGGGGGGGCGGAGCGAACAGCCAUACUAGCAAGACGCACAUUACUGCAGCUCCGAGCAAAAAGGCAAAAACGAACAAAAAUAACAACUAACAAACAGAACCCUCCGCAGCCGGAGACUUCCCACAUACCAUGGGACGCAAAAAUAAGAAAUGCAAGCCAGAUCGACCUCCAUCCACGGCCGAUAUCGGCGAUCUGCUGUGGAGGCCGCACUCCUCACAGAGGCCUGUCAUGGCGCCGCUAUCGGAUGCCCCAUCACGCACUACUAGCGAAGAAUCCCUGUACGACGGGACGCCCUUUGAGGCCCAGCUCCCCAACAAGGUGCAGACCUCUCCGCAGACACUACCGGUCAAGCCUCCGGUUACAGAGGAGUCCCUGCGGGGCAUGCUGGCUGAACUUCCGCAACAUCGCGGCCGACAUAGGACAGUUCAGGGAGGAGGUGAACGGGUUUGCGGCCCGUCUCCACAACUCAGAGCACACAACAGAAGCACACGAGACCCGCAUCGCGACCCUGGAGCAGUCGUUGACCAAACUGCAUCACUCCCAAACAUGCUCCGAGGAACACAUGGCAGCUCUCGAGGACAAGCGGAGAUGGAAGAAUGUCAAGGUCCGCGGCCUACCUGAUACCAUGGAGAUGGCAGAGUUCCCACACUUCAUCCGCAGACUGCUCACUAAGCUUUUCUCCGCCAAACAAGCCAAGGCUAUGACACUAGCAGGAUGGCACCGUAUAACGGGACCCGUUACAGGAAUACAACGGCCAACUAGAGACAUAAUCCUCCGGUUCCAACAGGGGCAAGACCGCACAGCCUUUAUGGCGGCAGUCCGCCACAUAACACCAUUACGAUUUGAGGAUCACGAUCUCACCUUCUACCCGGACUUAUCUAAGGCCACCAUGGAAUGGCGAAGAUCCCUGCGUCCACUCACUCAAGCGCUAGCGGCAAGCAAAACACCAUACAAAUGGGGUUCACCUCGCUGCCUACUCAUUACCUGGGAAAUAUCGAGCAUCCUGCUCCAAAUGGGAGUGACCGCGACAGCCGCUGAGACCGCGACCCAAGCGGCACCGACACUCUGGGAUCCAGAGAGGGUCACACCAUUCAUACCAGCGGCCCACAGAGGGAAUCCUGCAUCUAAGCCGGUGCGCUGAAGACCUCCCAGCGGGCUACAAACCGCACAGGACUUAACAGUUCUUGCUUUAUGUUCUUCACAGUUUUUGCUUUAUGUUUCAAACCGCACAGGACUUAACAGUUUUUGCUUUAUGUUCAUGGUUAUUAUGACCUAUAGCUUCGGGCGGGUAAAUGGGCUUUAACUAUGCCUGACAGGCACCCUUCCCAGUUACGAUGGCGAACCUCCCCAAACGCCCUUAUCUCCCCCGCCCCCCCACUGACCCUUAACAAGAUACCACAUAAAGCACUACCUUUUCAGUGGGAUCGUUAGCCCCCUACACACACUCCAGACUAGAAUACACCCCCCUGGGGGACAAACUACAGGCUACACCCCUUCCAGGCAACCUUCUCUGACAUGCAUCCUCAAUUUCAAAGGGUAUAAGAAGCAACACUUUACUUUUACUACACGCAUGACAGUCCUAACUACACUAAUAUAAAAAAUUUAUAAAAUGUGCUAUCCUACAGUCGCAAUGUUAUCUGUUAUGUUCAUUAACAUGUCUUUUAUCGCUGUUGUGGCGAGAUCUGCUGUACUGUUAUAACUGCACGUACAAAAUAAAGAAUUUAAAAAAAAAAAAAAAAAAGCCAAAUUGGAAACAUUAUCUAAGCCUGCUGUGCCUCCAAAAUUAUCAGGCCUUAAAUGUGAAAUGUAGUUUUAAUUAUCACUUUAGUAAAAAGGACGGAGUUGACUUAUCUUUUUUCAGGGCAACACAGGAGCUUUUAAAAGUUUGUUUUAUUUGUGAUUUGCUGGUGCCCUGAUGCCAAGAAGGCACAUAUAUUUUCCUCUGCUGGAAAAGCAUAAUGCGAAACACAAGGACACCCUAGAUAAGAUAAUCACUAUAGGGAGCUGUAUGGGUUAUGUUGAUUAAAGUCCCUCUAAAUAUGCAAAACUAAAUGAAAAAUCUAAAUUAAAAAGAUGAUUAUAUCUAAACAACAAUUAUCAAUACCAAAUCACCUAUUCUUAAACUGUAGUGCCAACAUCUACAUAAAAUGCCAGAGAGUCGUUGAGUUCUUAUGUCGUUUAGUUCUUAUGGCUCUAGUAAUGCCUGUUCCCUCUAAACAAGGUCUGGAGAUGGCAGAGCAAUAAGCCAAACUAAACAAAGACUGUGUAUAGACUGUUAGAAAGGAAUGCAUACACAUAAUUAGCCAUCAAUUUUAACUUUGUUGCCAGAUAUGCAAAGACAAAUGUGUGUUAUCAGUCAAAUUGUCUCUGUCAUCAUAUUUUUCUGAGAGUCAUUCAUCCCUAUCAGUUGUGAAAGAGCCACCUGGAAGUAGUUUAUCUCAUUCAGCACACAAAGAAAACUUAAAACUACUGAAUUCAUUAAGCAGACACCCAUUAUUGGAAACUUAUCUUAAAGUGUUUUUUUUUGUUUUUUGUUUUGUUUUUGUAACCGUCAUGCAGUCUUACACCUAUUAUAGAUUUUAAAUCAUAACAAAAAGUGCUUUAUUAAUUAACAGAAAAUUUAUUUUGUUCUAUUUGGCUUAGUUAACAAUUUAUACUUACAUCUCCCAAGUAUUAGCCAAUAAAUGGGCUUGAUUACACAUUUUAAAGGAGAGACUUAUUUUGUUUAAAAUUUUGAGUUAGAGUGUAUUUCUUUGAAGGUUUUUUGUCUCUCGUGAAUAUUGGUUUUCCAAAAAGGUUAAAACUUAUUUUAAGCAACUGUAAUUUGUUUUACAUAGAAUAGAAGAGUGAGAAAAGGGUGUGACAGUUGUGUCUAGGAUACCCAAAUGAGAAAAAAAGCAAAAAUCUGGUGUACCCUCAGUAACAUUUAGGCCCAAUGAUGGCUUUUAUCAAGACUGAUAUGUUGCUGGAAGGAUCUGAAUAAAGUCACUGUUUGGGCAAUUUGUGUGUGCUUGAUCUUGUUUUUGGUUAUAAUCUUGGGAUUUGCUGUCCUAUGUGAAGCAUACAUCUGUCCAGUUGGUAGGUGCCAUCUCUUGAUAUUUUUAGGACACCAAAGCCCUGUUUAGGCCAGUUUCAGCACUUUAGUGGGAGUUUUGGUUUGUCCGUUUCAUUUUUUUUCAAUGUUUUUGAAGAAAAUCUCUUUAUAUCACUUGCAAAAAUUUGUGUUUUGCACCUCUUUUUUUUCCAGUUGUUAUUUUUCAAAAAUAUGUCAAAAAGGACAAUCACAAGCAUAAAAAUAAUGAAAAAGGUUUGUGAGUGUUCUCAGAUAUAUAAAAUUAGGCAUCUGGGCUAAAAAUGUUCACGUUCACAAUGUAAUGUUUCCAUAAAAUAUGUUGAUCAAACUUUGCUAACAUUCUACAGUUUAUUAUGUAAUGCAAUUAUUGAGGUGUUCUAGAAUAAAAUGUGGUUCAUACUGUUUAUGUUCUGUGUUAGGUCCUGAGAUAGACUAACAAAGACAGACAGAUACAGAUAGACAGACACAAUUUCAGUGUGUACAUAUAUUUAUACACCAAUCCUGAUUUAUAUUUUUCCCUUUCACCUUUUCUUUCUUCCAGUGCUUAUCCAGUGAGGACAUAUUUAAACAUUAUGGACUUCAUAAUGAAAGUCAAAUUACUACAACAAACUUCAAGAAUAUCUGUCCUGCAAUUUUAUAUCGAAUUAUUGCUCAUCCGUGUACAGAUGAACAAAAUGCGGGUUACCAGCGGCCUAGUCCUGCAGAAGGUAAGACUGAUCUACUGAAACUGUGAUGAUUGGAGUCUGUGGUCCACAAGCAAUAUAUUAAUGUUAAUACUGAAUUUGCAAUAAAAAGGAUUAACAAAAAUAUUUUUUUAUUAUACUGUUCAUAGUUGGCAAAAUACUCAGAGAACUGUACUAUGAAUGUCCAUAUUCUACUUACCUGCAAGAUAUAUAUAUAACGGCAAAUAGUAUUAAUACCACGAGGAGUACUGAAUUCAGCAUUGCUGGUUUACUGAGAUAGUUCAUGUACUGUACAUUUUACAGUGAAUGAAUGUGCGUAUGAAAGCUCAGAUAGUAGUUUCUCUAAAUGAACAAUUCAGGAAAGAUAUAUUGGUAGAAUACACAUAUAUAGUUGUCAAGUGAAGAUGGAUGCCAGUUUGUAAGCGGUUUAUGAAAUAAGGAAAAUGUGUAAAUAUUUGUAAAAGGUCCUCCAAUUUUUGUUUUUGCAGUGUAUCCUAUUCAAUAUGUAUUGCUGUUUACGUUUUUUUUUACAGUUAGGGGGUCACUUUUGUUAGAGAGACUUAGUGCAUGUAGAAUUAGUGCAUGUUUAAGGGUAGAGAUCAUGUUAUGUUAAGGUUGUCUAGGGUAAAUUGAGAUUUAUGGUACCUCUGCUCCUACCAAAAGUCUUAGUAAAGCAAAAAACUAAUCAUAGUCACUCUUGAAUACCGUUUUAUCACAAUGGUAUUGUUAUAGUCUCUAAGAUGAAUCUGUUUCCAGGCAAGAUAGCAGUGAGCACAAGAGAUCAAGAAACGCUUAACCUACUUCAUACUGUUCUAAAAAAGCCAGUGGGGAACUUGCUUAAAUAGAGAUUAGGAUCCACGGGAGGAUUGGGAAGGCACAGUCUUGGGAGAUCAGGACACUCUAGGUAAUAGAAUUCAUCAUCCAUCGUGUGUCUGGAUAGUUCUCUGGUUCAGAGUAACACAAUUCUUGAAUAUUAUAGUAGUAUCAGAGUAUCCACAAUUGAUUGAAACAUGUCUGGUGCAUAUUAAAGCUAUCAUUAUAAAAGACACCACGACACUACAGAUGAGACACUAUGACAUAUUUUUAAACACCCUAUGUAUGAGCCCAUAAAUAGUUUAGCUUUUAUGCAAAAAGUCAUGACAAGAGCUACUUGUUUAUAGAAUGUUAACACAUGAAUUGCCCCAAUAAAAAAGAAAACAUCUUUAAAUGUCAGUAUAACAUUUUGUCUACACAACCACAAUACUAGAGUUACUACAAAUUUCUUGGAAUUAAACUUAUGCGUAAAACCUGAUAUUAUUUGACGUUACUUGCUGAUUCUAGCAUACUUUUUAUAUUGCAUAAUUACACACCAGUUUCAUGUUAUUAAAAGGACUUAAGUAUAAUUUCUUCAGAAAUCCGUCUGUAUAGUAGAUGUUAAAUAAAUAAAGCACUUCAUAAAAUGCUAGCACAGGUUAUUUUACUCUUAUUGCACAUAUAAGAAAAAUUGUCAUGAUUGAAGUUUCAUGUUUUUUAUUGCAUUCAUCCCAGUAAACAAUAAUUGAUGUAUGUAAUGUUGUUAAAUUGAUAGGCAGAAGUAUAUAUACCAUCGCUUACAUUAACCAACUAACCUGUUGUGCACAGCUAUUAUGAAUAAUUCUAUUAUGAUCAGAUUUAGAUAUAUUCUUUCAGUGGGUGAGACUCAAGUUCAAGUUUUCUAUAGUUUGUCAAGGUGAAUUGUUCGCUUGGUUUUUAGGCAGAUUUAAUAAUAAUUGUAGCAAUCAAGCCAUUUGCCUAUAAGCCUACUGACAAAAACUGUACUUGUCUAUUACCUAACAAAGCAAGGUUGGGUAAUGAAGUUAUCCAAAGUGAAAAGGAUUUAUUUUGAAUUUAGUACUUGGGUCAAUGUAAUUAUUGGGGUUACUUUAUCAACUGAUCAUCCCCAUUACAAGCUGCCUUGAUGAACCAUUGUUGGAAGUAACUCAUAAUAAAUUAACCAUUGUUGGAAGCAACUAAUAAUAAAAUGACAUUCCUCUCUAAAAGGACAUGCCAUUGUAAAAUUACAUGCCAUAUUUAGCCACUAAAUGAACAGAACUUACUUGUAAUGCUAAAUUGUGUUGUCCAUUCAUCCAAACACUUUCUCUGUAUAUGCAUACAUUUUAUGAAAAUGAAAACCAGUUUUUAUCAAAACAAACUAUGGCAUAUUAAUUUAUAUUGUAGAAUCAACAUACUUAUGCAUCUUACACCAUUAAAGGGUGACUUCAUCUCAAUUAAGUCACCCAGACCACUUAAGCUCAAUUAAGUGGUCUGGGUUCAGUGGUACAGUUUUUUAACCCUUGCAGAUUUAUAGUUUUGUAGAAACUGCGAUUUUAACUUUAAGGGUUGAACACACCUCUAGUGUCUGUCUUCUAGACAGCCACUGGAAGCAUGUCCAUUGCACCGACCAAGUACAACUCUGUCAUGUGAUGUGGUAGCUCAUUGGAAAGCAUUGGAUUCAAUGCUUUGCUAUGAGAAGCAUUGGAUGAGCACAGUACUCACCAUGCAUGUGCAUCAGGUCCCCAAUAAAGAGCAUUGGAUUGGACCAUCACCAGAUAGAUGACAUUAUAGGAGACUCAGAGAGAAGCUGCACUGAGGAGGUUUUGCCAUGAAAUAGGUAGGUAAAACCUUUAUUUUCUUCAUUUUACGGCAAACUAAAACUAGAUAGGAACAGGCACACUAUAGUGUAUGUAUUCCUAACGCUAUAGUGUUCCUUUGAGUAUCAAAGAGCUUAUAUAUGCAGUUCUUUCUUACAUAUCUAAUCUAUCUAUAAUUUGCUUUGCACAAUAAAUUGCAACUAGUAUAGUGAAGAGAAAACUACAGCGAUUGCCUUUAGCCCUUAUAUAGAAUAAUGAUGGAACCAGCAAUUUCAUUUUUUUCUGCAAUAGUGUGACCGUGAAUAUGCCGUUUUGUAACAGUGAAACUAUUUUUGUAUGUAAAGCAAUCUUUUAUUGUAGCAGUAUGAGUUGUGGAAAAAAUCUUUUAACUUUGACAGGCAAUAAACCACAGGCUUGACAGGUUGACACAUCUUUCAGUGAAGGCUUUGUGGGGCAAUUAGAACACAUAAACAUUAAGAUUGCUCCUGUGUUCUGAGACAUGUCUGCAUUUCCUCAGUGUACCAAAGGUCUCUUGCUAUGUGACGUGUGCUCACACAGGUGCAUUGCUGAUGUCUUGCCAAGGCGGCUUUGCUUGAAUGCAGCACGCUGCAUUUCUUUAACAUCUGCUUCUAAGAAUUACCAGUAUCGCCUUUUUCCUUACUGUUCUUUACGCAGAUGCUUGCCCUGCUAUUGGUCACGGUGACUUAUUUUCAUUUAACUUUACACUCUUUAUAUUACGUUGUCUAAGCACCUAUUGUUACAUUAUUUUACUCUACUAGUAACUUAAAAUCGUGUAUGAAGUUACUUUCGUAUUAUGUUUUACUGGCUGGUAUUGUGAAGUUUUGGCAUUUAAGUUGAUAUCCUGAAUUUUAAGUGACUGUAAAAAGUCUAUGACCGUGGUUGUCAAAGCAUUUUUUCCAGCCAUCUUCUGGUCAUUAUAUCAGACAAUUACAUAUGUUUUCCACGAGGAAACAGUACAAGAAGGGGGCAGCAUGCUGGUAAAUGCAUCUUGGUAUAAAUGGAAUCUGAGUUUAACAAUACAUAUAUCUCAUCAAAGCUGCAUCAUAUCAUUAUCUGCUUCAUCUACUGAAAUGAGGGACCAACUGCAGUCUUCUGUUCAUGGUACAUUAGCAAUUCUCAUCAUCACCACCAAAGCUUUCAUUUCCUACCUCUAUUGAAGUUUACUAUUGCUUUGGUUAACCACGUUGACAACAGAAGCUCUUAUAUUUUCAAGGAGAAGCUGGAUCUCCCUUUCCCCAAAACACCUGGGGAGAUUUAUCAAAGUGCCCUGAUCUAAAAAGUGAUGCAAAAUUGUAAAUAAAGCAAUCACCACAUAAAACCAAGAGGAUCAGUGGGAACUAUGGGGUAUAUUUAUGAAAGUGCUAACAAGUGCUCUGACAAGUAUCAGUUAAAUCCCAUCAUUAUUUUUAUCCUAUGUAUUAAAGUAAUCUAAAAUGUGAUUGUUUUAAUCAUAGUAAAUUCUGAAAGGUUUCACAUAAAUUUCCAUUUCAGAAGACCACCAAAUUUACAGCUGUGCUAUAUUUCUGCCACUUUUAUGUUGGAAAAAGUGUUGGAAACAUAUGCUCCAAAAAUGUAAAUGUGGCCAAGUACAGGGCUUGUCUGAGUAAAGUUAGGUGACUUACUAAUAACAAUUUAUGCAAUUAAAAUGUAAUUUAGAACAAGAGCAAUGUAUCUGUUUGCACAGAUUGAUUUCUAAACAUUUUUAUUGUAGUUUAAAGACACAUUACUGUGAGUAUUAUUUCUGCAGAGCUCUGAUAUAAACUCAGACACACCAACAAUACGAAGCUCCUAGAAAAUAGGGACAUUAAAAGGAAACUAUAGUGCCAGGAAAACAUAUUGUUUUCCUGGCACUAUAACUACCUACUGUGCCCCCCUUCCUGUAGUGCAGAAGGGGUUAAAAAAAACCUCUGUCGCUUACCUGAGUCCAGAGCCGAUGUCCAAAGUUCCUGGUUCAGCCUCUGCCCCCGCUCUUUUUCUGCCAACGUCAGCCGGCGGGGGAAACCUGAUGCGCAUGUGCAGCAAUGGCCGCCUUGACAUUAGUAUUUUCCCCAUAGUAAAGCAUAUACAGUGCUUUCCUGUGGGGGUUUUACAUGACGCUGAUGUCCUCAUGCAUAGCCUAACGACCUGGAAGUCCUUCUAGUGGCUGUCUGGUAGUCAGCCACUAGAGGUGGAGUUAACGCUCAAAAGUAAUUAUUGCAGUUAAUUAAGAACUGGAAUAACUAUCUUUGCAGGGUUAACCCCUUCCCGACCUCGGAUGUACCAGGUACGUCUGACAAAAAAUGGUCGUUAACAACCUCAGACAUAUUUGGUACGCAAAUAGGCACUUACCUGAUCGCUGGCGAACCUCUGCCGGUGAUCGUGAUGCUGAGCUCCCUGAUCCGGCCUUCCCGGGCCAUAGCCGGCUUGUGCAGUGCCUGCAGGGGCCUGCCUCAGGCAGCCCCCCUAGUGCCUGAAAAAAAGUUUUAAAAGUUAGUCAAAGUUAAAUAAAAGUUUAUAAAGUAAAUAAAAAGUACUAAGUACUUUUACAUGCACAUAAACACCCAUACACCAUUAUUAAAAGUGUAUUUUAAUAUAUAUAUAUAUAUAUAUUAAUAUUAAUAUACACUUAGAAUGACAUUCAUUAUAUAUAUAUAUAUAUAUAUAUAUAUAUAUAUAUAUAUAUAUAAAUAAAAUAAAAGUAAUAAAUACAUUGAAAAAAAUGAAAAAUACAAAUAAAUAAAUAAUAAACAAAUUUUAAAAAAAUUAUUUACUGGUUUAAAUUGGUUCUAACUGUAUUUUGAUAUUAAUAUACAUAUAUAUUUAAAUCAAAAUACAUUUAGAAUAACGUUAUAAAUUUAAGGGACCUGGGAAUAUGCACCCAGACCACUUCAAUGAGCUAAUAGAAAAUAGAAAAAGAUAGAAACAAGGGACAGUGGGACUUCGGCCUAAAAUAGAGACUGUCCCUCCCAAAUAGGGACAUCCAGGAGGAAAUGUCCCUAUUGGAUCUCCCUUUCAUAUUUUUUCAUCUAUUCCUUUUCUUGCACCCUAAUAAUGUUUUUUGAAUAUGCUUAAUAUUUUCACCAAAGCAAGUUCAUGUGUGUUUACAUAUUUAUAUAUACAUUAAGGAGAAAUAACAAAAAAUUUUAAAAAUCUAAAACUUACCUCUGGAAUAAGUUGAAAAAUUGCAUUUGAAAACAAAGUUCCAAUAGCCAAACCAACAAAAUAAGUUAAUAUUUUUGGAAAAUAUUUUUUAAAAUUUUUCAAAAAACAUUUCCAAAAAUAUUAACUUAUUUUGUUGGUUUGGCUAUUGGAACUUUGUUUUCAAAUGCAAUUUUUCAACUUAUUCCAGAGGUAAGUUUUAGAUUUUUAACAUUUUUUGUUAUUUCUCCUUAAUGUAUAUAUAAAUAUGUAAACACACAUGAACUUGCUUUGGUGAAAAUAUUAAGCAUAUUCAAAAAACAUUAUUAGGGUGCAAGAAAAGGAAUAGAUGAAAAAAUAUGACACGUUUAAUAUAUUGCGCCAAAAAGUCUCAAAAAAUGACCUAAAAAUUAGACAUUAAAGUGUCAGUGACAUUUUGAUAAAUCUCCCCCGUUUUUGUAUUUUAACUGUGCACCAGUGUGUUUUCAUUGCAAUCCUUUGAUGAAUCUCCCACUGUUUCUAUUUCACUUCAUGGAGGUAGAGCAGGGUAGAGUAGUGUAGACAUUACAAAUGACAAAAUGAUAUAAGAGCUUAUAUACCUGUAUAUCUAUGGUUGAGUGGUUUAUCAAUAUCUUAAGAACUUUACGAUGGUAUUAUUUUUCUAUAAUAGAUGCUUCACUAUUAUAUAUUUUUUAUAUUACAUUGUUUUUUUGGUUAGGGUUAGUUAGUGUAAUUGUUAUAGUAAUGUAUGGGUUAAUGGUUCUGUAGGGAUUAGUGUCAGUGGCGUCUUUAGGAUUCAUUUUUAGGGGGGGGCACAUGGUGGGCCAGGGACAAAAGUAGGGGGGCCAUAUAACCCCGCUCUCACUGCAGUUUGACCCCGCCACUGACGCAUGUCAAGCCCCGCCCCCUACACAAUGUGUGUGGGUUUUUUUAACAAUCCCUGGUGGAGGAUUCAUUAUUUUGAUGAAUCCAUACACACACACAGACUGCUGAGUCCAUACACACACAGACACAGACUGCUGAGUCCAUACACACACAUAGACUGCUGAGUCCACACACACACACACACACACACACUCACUGCUGAGUCCAUACAUACACACAGACACACAGACACACAGACUGCUGAGUCCAUACACACACACAGACUGCUGAGUCCUUACACACACACAGACUGCUGAGUCCACACACACACACACACACACACACACAUACUGCUGAAUCCAUACACACACAGACAGACACAGACUGCUGAGUCCAUACACACACAGAUACAAAGACUGCUGAGUCCACACACACACACACAGACACACAGACAAGCUGAGUCCAUACACACACAAACACACAGAUCUGAGUCCAUACACACACACUGACACGCACACAGACUGCUGAGUCCAUACACACAGAAACCGCUGACUCCAUACACACACACAGACUGCUGAGUCCAUACACACACACAGGCUGCUGAGUCCACUCACACACACAGACUGCUGAGUCCACACACACACACAGACUGCUGAGUCCACACAAACACAGACUGCAGAGUCCAUACACACACACACACAGACUGCUGAGUCCAUACACACACACACACAGACUGCUGAGUCCAUACACACACACACUCACACACACACACACGGACUGCUGAGUCCACUCAGAAACACAGACUGCUGAGUCCAUACACACACACACACACAGACUGCUGAGUCCAUACACACACAUAGACUGCUGAGUCCAUACACACACACAGACUGCUGAGUCCACUUACACACACAGACUGCUGAGUCCAUACACACACAGAUACAAAGACUGCUGAGUCCACACACACACACAGACACACAGACUGCUGAGUCCAUACACACACAAACACACAGACUGCUGAGUCCAUACACACACACUGACACGCACACAGACUGCUGAGUCCAUACACACAGAAACUGCUGACUCCAUACACACACACAGACUGCUGAGUCCAUACACACACACAGGCUGCUGAGUCCACUCACACACACAGACUGCUGAGUCCACACACACACACAGACUGCUGAGUCCACACAAACACAGACUGCAGAGUCCAUACACACACACACACAGACUGCUGAGUCCAUACACACACACACACAGACUGCUGAGCCCACACACACACACAUCCUCACACACACACACACGGACUGCUGAGUCCACCAGAAACACAGACUGCUGAGUCCAUACACACACACACACACACACACAGACUGCUGAGUCCAUACACACACAUAGACUGCUGAGUCCAUACACACACACAGACUGCUGAGUCCACUUACACACACAGAGUGCUGAGUCCAUACACACACACACACACACACACACACACACACAGACUGCUGAGUCCAUACACACACAGACUGCUGAGUCCAUACACAUACACAGACUGCUGAGUCCAUACACACACACACAUGGUGUAUAAUAUUAGUAUAAUGUUGGGAUUAAUGUGUACUGUAGGGGUUAAUGUUUAGUGUUACAGUAUAGUAGGGGCUAAUGUUUGUGUAGGAAUUAAUGUUUCGUGAACUUGUAAUGUGUUAAGGUGUGGAAGCAGUUAAUAUUAUGUGUAAUGUAGUGUAUCAGACUAUUGUAGAGGUUAAUGUAUAGUGCAGUGUGUUAGAUUAAUGUAGGAGUUAAGGAAAGGACAUUAUUUCAAGGUAAACAUUGAGACAUGUAUGUCCCUCUGCUGUCUGAAAUUAAUGGUUGUUUUCUAGAUAGUCUUAUUAGCACCCCAUGUAUUCAUGUGACUUACAUUUUGUUUGAUGGGCAUGUUAAACAUCAUUAUGUAACACACACUCAAAAAGCAGUGGAACAGCAACAAGUUGAACUUAUGAUGUCAGCAGCUUUUUUUCCUUAUUGAUAACUGUCUCUGCAGAACCCCGCUAUGACAGGCUACAGUGUAUAAAUUGUUAUACUAUCCCCAAAUAAUCAACACCAUGUUAAAAAAAUGGUUAAAAGCUUGUAUGAAAUAUCUUGGAAUAGAAAUCACUAGAUCAAAAUCUAAUAGCGUUUUGGGAGUAUUGCUUUAAAAUGACCAAGGAAAAGAAAGUGCCUGGUAACAGAUCCUAUUUAAUCCUUAAUUACGUUUAAUUUAGAAACAUUUGUGAAUCAUUAGCUGAUGGGAAUGAAAUUACAUUUGCUUUCUACACGUAUUCUUGCAAUAAAAUAGGCCAUUUUAUGCAAAGUUCUGCAUAGCUGAAUUAAUGAAACGAUUUUUCUUUUUGUGCAGUGUGGGGAUACAGCUUCCUGACUGUGACUAUCAUUAACUUGACGUCACUGCUUGGCUUGUUUAUAACACCUUUAAUAAAUAAGCCAUAUUUUCCAAAAAUAUUAACUUAUUUUGUUGGUUUGGCUAUUGGAACUUUGUUUUCAAAUGCAAUUUUUCAACUUAUUCCAGAGGUAAGUUUUAGAUUUUUAACAUUUUUUGUUAUUUCUCCUUAAUGUAUAUAUAUAAAUAUGUAAACACACAUGAACUUGCUUUGGUGAAAAUAUUAAGCAUAUUCAAAAAACAUUAAUGGGGUGCAAGAAAAGGAAUAGAUGAAAAAAUAUGACACGUUUAAUAUAUUGCGCCAAAAAGUCUCCAAAAAUGACCUAAAAAUUAGACAUUAAAGUGUCAGUGACUUUUUGAUAAAUCUCCCCCGUUUUUGUAUUUUAACUGUGCACCAGUGUGUUUUCAUUGCAAUCCUUUGAUGAAUCUCCCACUGUUUCUAUUUCACUUCAUGGAGGUAGAGCAGGGUAGAGUAGUGUAGACAUUACAAAUGACAAAAUGAUAUAAGAGCUUAUAUACCUGUAUAUCUAUGGUUGAGUGGUUUAUCAAUAUCUUAAGAACUUUAAGAUGGUAUUAUUUUUCUAUAAUAGAUGCUUCACUAUACUUUUACACACACUUGCACGUACUUUGUAGCUCUCUACUUUAUCUAUCUGUUGAAUAGCAAAAGCAGAUCAGACUGAGUUAGAAUGCAAAAGGUCUUCUACCCAGAUGGCAUUUCAUUUUUUUUUAUUUAGAUAUAUGUUAUCUACAAUGUCUAAGCAAUUGCAUGAUUGUACAAAGGAGAAUACAUUUCAAUAAAUUCAAUUUAUUUCCAAUUUUUUUUUUAUUUAUUUUUUUUUAAGUCUUGUUUAGCACUGAUUAUCCUUCAACCUUAGGGAAACAUUUUUCAGGUCUACUCAUUAUUUUUGUGUAAGUUGCCAUAGCUAGGAUAUUUGGUUAUUUUCCCAUGUUUUCCUGCUUCCCUUUAUUUUUAAUACCAUAGCCUAAGAGGUAUUGGCCAUAUUCCUGUUCUAAGUCACCUUGUUGUGGUAUUAUCUCUGCUAAUUCCCGUAUUCACUUUAAACAAGUUACUGCUAAUGUGUAUACAUUAUUAUUAUAAUAUAAUUUCAUGUUCAUUUUUCUUUUUUGUUGGAAACUAGCAUUUUAAGAAUGCUGUUACUUCUAAUUUUUUAAUACUGUUUAAAUAAUAGAGAGAGCUUACUCUCUAUUUCAACCUCAUCGAAAAUCUCAAUUAGGCUUUCCCACAUAAUAUAGUCAUGUAAUAUAUUUUUGGAGGGGCUUCAUUGUUUGGUAUAGAAAAGGUGCAUUUUUAUAGUCAACCUCCUGGCUUAGCAUAUUGUGAGUCCUAUUUGGAGUGCUGAAUAUAGUCAUGAAUAUAGAAUUAUAAAGAUUUUUAUCAUAGCCUUAAAUAUACCAUUGUAUCUACCUUUACAUUUAAGUUACUGACUAUAAAUUACAUAUUUCAUUUCAGGCAUUUGGGUUUGAUCCUAAAGAGGACAACUAUGUCGCUAAAGCAGUGGCUAUUUUUGGAGGUUUCUAUGUUCUAUUUUUUGUUGAGAGAAUGCUGAAAAUGAUUCUGAAAAUCUAUGGUGAGGUAAGAUGUUAUACCUGCAACAUGACAGUGACUAAGGUACCGACAAAUCAAUGACUGAUUAUAAUCAAUAUAAGAUGUAUAAAAUAUACUUAUACAGAUAAGAGCUUUUCAUUAAUAUCUUAAUAUGUCCUUGACAUAACAUGUCGUAAUGGUUUAUCGCUUACACAUUUUAGCAUACAGAGAACUAUUUCCCUGAUGAUACCUUUGAAAUCUCCUGAGAGCAUGUACCACUUUCUAAAAAAUUGACAAGAAUCUGUCAAAUGGGAAAACUUUUUUUACAAACGUCAGUUAGUAUGUUCCUAUUCUUUCACAGUAAUUACUCAAACAACAUUAAAUACUUUCUCCAUCCCAAAACAGUGUUUUAAUAAAAGACUGUUCUUUAUAUGGAACAACCUUUAUAUGGAACAACCAUUUUCUAAAGGGAAAUAGAGCACUAAAUCCAUGUUCUUCCCUUUCAGGGUGUUCAUACUCACUUAGAAAUCGACAAUCCUCACCAUGAAUACCACAAAGACGCUCCCAUAAGCAAAAUUGCAAAUGGAACAACAGUAUUUAUAAAUUCAGCAGUAGUGGAGGUUAACGGGAAUCAAAACAAUGACAAAAUCAGUGUGGUUUCAUCAAAGGUACAGUACAUCAUGAUUUUAUUUUUGUAA